GGUUGUAAAGUGAGUAAUUUUUGCUUUGAGUUGUUUUUUUUUCCUUUUUCAACUACAAGUGCCUGUGCAUGUGCGCUCACCUCACAAACAAAACUACAAAAGGCAGGCAGGAAGGAGGAAGGGAGGGGGGGAGAGAAAGCCAACAGGUUGAUCUGGAUUACAUCAACAGUCACACCCUCCUUACUUUAUGAACAUAGCAGAACAGGUGUUUGUAAUUCAUUAGCUAAACUGAGCUCAGCGCAGACAGGAAUUGAAAUCUGCUCCGCUCCCUGGUGUGCUUCUUCUCUUUCUCCGUAGUACCUACUGCUUCAUCCGGCCUCCUUGUAGCCGCAAUGAGUAGCCACUCGAGGGACUUCCGGAGCCGUAGCAACAGCAGCUCUUUCGCUUCGCCAGGAGGCUCUUUUAGCAUGCGAAGAGAGCGCUCGUGCUCCCCUUCUUCAAGGUAUGGGGCCUGCAGCAGCCCCACCAUGGGGGUGAGCACCAGCAGGAACAACUUCAGCUCUUCAAGCCUCACCGGACACAGCCGCUGCUCUUACCCAAAGGUUUCGGUCAACAAACGGCUUCUGACACCGCUACACCUGGAUAUAGAUCCCUCCUUGCAGGAGAUAAAGACCAAGGAGAAAGAUGAGAUCAGGACACUCAAUAACCAAUUCGCCGCCUUAAUUGGAAAGGUAAGAUUGUAUACUAUUAUUUGAAUGGGAAGGUAAGAUGACGCCUCUCUUUGUAUUGACCAAUGUGCAAGACAGUGUGAGAGAGCUGCUUUAGGUGGCUGCUUCAUGUGGCAGCUUUAGGGUACCAUUGUAAGGUGGCAAGUUAUCACCUGUGUAUGUUGCUGUUAAUUGCUGUAAUUUCAGUUCUCUGCUUCAGGUACCAGGACAGCUCUGGCGCAGUCCAAAGACUAUCAGUAUCUAAUGCCACACAAUAUAAGUUCCAAGAUUUUAUUUCUAGUCUUACUAAUCCAAAGCCAACAGCAGUUGUGAAGUACUGUUGUCAGUCCUCAGGUGUAACAGGUGGGGAUAGCCUUGGUCUGUGUGUUUAUGGGGGGUGGAUGGUUGCUGUUUACAGGUUUUUUAAUAAAUGGAAUAAGAACAAAUAGGUUCUCCAGCUUAGGAGACUAAAAGCGUAUAGCUUCAAAGGAAUAUAAUUAGGUUUGUGAUAAUGGCUAGGCAUCAUCAAGAGCCCUGCUGGUCCAGGCUGAUGGUUCAUUUAGUCUAGCAUCUGUUCUCAUAGUAGCCAAUCAGAGGCCUGUGGGAGACCCAUAAGCAGAACAUGAGUGCAACAGUACCCUGCCUGCUUGUGAUCCCUGGUAACUGGUAUUCAGUUGAGGUAGAACAUAGCCAACAUAAGUAGCCACUGAUAGCCCUUUUCUCCAUGCCUUUGAUUUCUUUAUAAUCCUCUUCUGAAGCUGUCAAAGUUGGUGGCCUUUGACACUCCAUGUGGCAGUGGAUUCCAUUGUUUAGACUCUGUGCAAAAGUACUUCUUUUGCCUGUGCUCCCACCAUUGACCUUCACCAGAUGAUCCCCUGCUUCUAAUGUUAUGAGAGAGGGGUGAUAGACUUCUCUCUAUCCACUUCCUCCAUAGCAUGCAUAAUUUUUAUGAUAAUGUGCCCCUUUACUUGCCUUUUCCCCGCCUCGCCCCCCCCCCCAGAACUAAGGAAGGCCCAAUCAUCAUAACCUUUCCUUAUAGGGGGGAUUGCUCCAGUCCCUCCAUAGCCUUCAAAGUGGCCCACAAUUUUUUAAAGACACCCACAGUGGGAUGGUACAGAAGAGGAAGCAUGGGGUUGGGAGGGAAUAUUUGCAAACAGAACAAAAGGUCACAAACCUGCAGACACAUGGGGAGAGUGGCUAUGUCUAGUAACAUUGCAGGCAUUAUGUAAUAAGUGACCAGAGUCACAUGCACAUUUAAAGCACAUUUAUACCAUGGCUUCCAUCAAAGAAUCCCGAGAGCUGUGUUUUCCCCUUUAAAUAUAUGUUUUGGAUAUGAUUCAUGUUGCAUAGAGUAAAAAAUCAGUCAGAGCGGAGAUGAAAUGUGAUGCAACCACCAUUUUCCUUAAAAGGAGAUGACUAGGUGUUAUGUGACAAAUGAUAACAACUGUCUAUUAGUGCAUUCAAAAUAGUCGCAUGAAAGGCCCCCAGGGUGACAAAAAUGCCCUUCUGAGGAUCUCUGUUGAGCAGCUUCCCAGGGAAUUAUGGGGAUUGUAGUUUCAGGAGAAUUCUGUUAAAGAUUGUAACCAUCCCACUCACAGAGCUGCAGCAACUACAUACCCUCCAACAUGCAGCUAUGCAACUAUAGGUUCUUGGGGAAGGUAAUGUCUAUUAAACAAGUUUUCAGUCAGCAGGAUAGGUUUGUACCUUCAUAGUUUGUACCUUCUCAGCUGCUCCAUUAGCAUCUGAACGACUUGAAGAGAAGAGCAAAGAGGACUCAAAAGUUGCCAUUCAGUCAUCCCUUCCUACCCUCUAACUAGCCCUUCAUCCCUCACUGUUGCCACUGGAAAUAAAAGAGGCAUGAAGAUAGAGGCAUGGAGAUAUAAGAUAACAGAAUUCUAGACUGCACCACUUCAGAAUGUGGUGGGGUGCCAUGUUCUCAAAUGCAUUCCAAAGUUAAAAGUUCCAAACAUGUAAUAAACUAACAAAUCCUAGAGAAUAUUCCUGAUGUCCUAGUUUACUUCAUGGAGGGAGCAUUCAAAAACAUGCCCCUACAUACCACCUUACUGUCUGAAGUGGAUUUAAGAAAAGGUUUCAUUCAUUCAUUCAUUCAUCAUGCUUUUCUGCAAACCGUUCUAGGCACCUAACAAAAUCGUCAGGACUAUAAUACAGUCAAACCUCGGGUUAAAGACGCUUCAGGUUAAAUCAUUUCAGGUUGCGUCCCAUGGCGACCUGGAAGUACUGGAAAGGGUUACUUCUGGGUUUCACCGCUUGCGCAUGCACAGACACUCAAAGUGACGUCACACGCAUGUGCAGAAGUGGUGAAUCGCGACCUGCGCACGCACAGACACGGGUUGCGUUCUGCUCAUGUUGCGAACGGGGCUCCAGAAUGGAUCCCAUUCGCAACCAGAGGUACCACUGUAAUUAUAAUACUACAAACAUGAUACAAACAGCAGAAGCAGCAAAUUAAUAAAGUCCAUGCACUAAUAAUGCAAAAAAAAUAUGAAGGCAGUGGGUGAAUAAAACCCAUGAGCUCCCAAAAAACCAUUCAAUCAAAAUGCUUAAUAUUUAUUUAUUGCAUGCAUAUUCCAUCUUUCCUCCAAGAAGCACAAGGGUGGCAUACAUAGGUCCCUCCCCCAUCACAACAGCCCUAUGAGAUCGGUUGGUCGAACAGCUGAUAGCUGGCCCAAGGUCACCUUAGAACCUUCAUGGCUGAACGCAGAAUCUGGUUUCCCAGGUUCUAGUGCUUGAGAGUAUGGAACAGCCAUUAUCUGAUGCCAAAAUAUAGUAAGUACCUAGGAAAUGAGUUCCACAAUACUGGUGCUAUCACCAAGAAGGCACCUUCUCUCUCUGUUAGCCAUGAUUUGCCUGAUGUCAGAAGGCAACAGCAUCUGGAACAGAAGGGCCUGUGACGAUCUUUGUUGAGGGGCAGCUUCAUGGAGGUGAAGAUGGUAUUUCAGAUACUCAAACCUAUGCCAUUUCAGGCUUUGAAGGCCCAAACCAGGACCUUAACUGGAGAUGGAAAUGAACUGGCAAGCGCAGAAGGUCUUUUGAUGCAAACACCUCUAUCUUCCAGCACAUCCUGUUCAAUGUGUACAAUAGGUAUAAGGCCUUACCUCUGAUGGCAGGAAGGUCCUUUGCCAGGCACCACAUAUAGCCUUAUGAAGUUAGGCAAACACCAAGUGAUCUUCCUUGGUACUUUCAGCAGGGAAAAGCACAUGGAUACAGUGGUGCCCCGCAAGACGAAUGCCUCGCAAGACGAAAAACUCGCUAGACGAAAGGGUUUUGCGGUUUUUGAGCUGCUUCGCAAGACGAAUUUCCCUAUGGGCUUGCUUCGCAAGACGAAAACGUCUUGCGUUUUUUGCAAGUUUGUUUCCUUUUUCUUAACACCGUUAAUACAGUUUUGACUUGACUUCGAGGAGCAACUCAUAGAACGCGGUGUGGUAGCCUUUUUUGAGGGUUUUGGUGAUUUUUGAAGCUUUUCCAAAACUUUUCCGACACCGUGCUUCGCAAGACGAAAAAUUCGCUAGACGAAAAAACUCGCGGAACGAAUUAAUUUUGUCUUGCGAGGCACCACUGUACUUUUCAUAGAUCACUGGAGACGUCCUUUAGAUUUGACCAGAAUGAAAGCCUUUAGAAGUUUGAAGAAGAAAUGUUACUGCAGCAGCAUACAAUUAUCUCCCCACCACCUCUCUCCUGUGGUAUACUAAGACCUCAUAGGCAAGGCAGAAGGUUGUUUUCAAAGUGAAACAGUUGAACUACCCAAGGCAGGUUCCUGCAAAGCCCUCAUGUUCUGUAAACAGAUGGUAAUCUCCUCAAGGAUUGCUUCACUGAAGUGUCUAAUGUAGGCAGCAAGUGCCAGUCUUAAAACCAAAAAAUUACACACACACACACACACACACACACUGGCACCACUGUGAUUUAAUUUUAAGAGACACUGUUUAUUCCUCAGUUAUGUGAAUACUACACCCAGUGUUUAUGACAUGCAAAUGGAUAAAUGUGCAGGCAUGUUCUCUGUUGUGUGAGCUAUUGGAGACAAAUGCAACUGAACUUUGAUCUGGCUUUUUGACCAUAUAUGGAUUUUUAAACUCAUUCCUGAAGAAACAGGAGGCACACUGGGAGCCAAAGUGAUCGUCCUCCAUGGUGUCAAAUUGUGUUGGUCCUUGGUUCCAUGGAGAUGUAUCUGGGAUUACUCCAUGAAAAAAGAACGAUGGUUGACAGCUGUCCUUGAAAGGCAGCUUGCUCACCACUGCAGAUCUUUCCCUGGAAUACAAAGCUACAAGGGAGGGUGCUUGGAAUGCUUUAGGCUACAAUCACAGCUCAUCAGGGGCAGGUCUGGACGCCAGCCUGCAUGUACAACCCUCACCAGAAUCCUCUGCAACACACAUUGUUUUUGUGGGUCUGGAAGUCAAAGUACAUGUUAAUAAGGACUGAAAGGCAGCUGCCAAUCAAAGUCUUUCCUCCCAUGCCUCUCUACUACAACUUUUGUUAACCUGGUGCCCUCCAGAUGUUUUGGGCUAAGGCUGAUGGGAGUUGUAACCCAAAAUUUCUGGAGGAAACCAUGUUGGAAAAGGGUGAUCGGCUGUAAUCUUUAGAAAAUGCAUAACGCAAUAGAUGAUGCUCAGAGAUUCCAUGCAACAGCAUCCCUUCAUCAGCUGCUGCCUUUUUUGCAGGGGGGUGGAUAGGAAAACUGAGCAUGACACCAUCGAGUCAGGCAUCAUCUUUCAAUGUUACGGGCAGUAUAAGAGGAAAGAGAUGUGUAGCUGUAGCUACACUGGAAGAAGAUGCACAUUCUGUCUAACAUGUAGUUUGGGGUCCUUAAAUUCAGAUUGUAGCAGCUCUUUCCCUGGAGGCCACUUCCUGUAAUCAUUUCUUGCACACAAGUGCUCACAUGGAGAACAGAAACAAUUUUUUUCCCCCAAAUAAUAUUUAUUAGAGUUUCCAAUAAGAAAAACACAUCAAUAAAAAAAGAAAAAAGAAAAAUACACAGUUCAAAAAUACACAAAACAUAAUCCAGAAAAAAGAAAAAAAGAAAAAGAAAAAGACAAAAAAGAAAACAGUUAAAAACAAUACCACCUUUUCAUCACCUUUUUAAAAUUUACUUAUUUUCUGGACCUCCUCAUACCUCCCUCUUUUGUAUUCCAGUUCAAUUUGUUUGUCCAGCAAUUUCUUUCCCUCUUUUUUAAUCCCAAUCCUUAAUCUUAAUAUAGUAUAACAUUAAAUUUUUACCUCUUAAAAGCCAAAUUUCCAUUUCCUUUAACUUUUUUAAUCCUAAUCCUUAAUCUUAAUCUAUAUAUAACUUUAAAGCCUGUAUAGCUAGAAGCCACUUAUUUUCAAUCCAACAUCACUCUAACAUUCUUUAAUUUUACAAUGUUUCUGCAGAUAGUCUUUAAAUUUCAUCCAAUCUUCCUCCACCGACUCUUCUCCCUGGUCUCGGAUUCUACCAGUCAUUUCCGCCAAUUCCAUAUAGUCCAUCAUUUUCAUCUGCCAUUCCUCCAGUGUGGGUAGCUCUUGUGUCUUCCAAUACUUUGCGAUAAGUAUUCUUGCUGCUGUUGUUGCAUACAUAAAGAAAGUUCUAUCCUUUUUUAACACCGUUUGGCCGACUAUGCCCAGGAGAAAGGCCUCUGGUUUCUUCAGGAAGGUAUAUUUAAAUACCUUUUUUAAUUCAUUAUAUAUCAUUUCCCAGAAAGCCUUAAUCUUUGGGCACGUCCACCAAAGGUGAAAAAAUGUACCUUCAGUUUCUUUACAUUUCCAACAUUUAUUAUCGGAGAACAGAAACAAAUCAGCAGAACCAGCCAAUCACUGAUUUAGUGGAAAGCUAUUUCUAUGACUGGAGAAGUCACCCUGCCCACUUUCCACCUCUUGUGAUCAAGAUUUGUGUGCUAUAUCUGAGACCAGCCAGUUCAUACGUCUUUAUGCAGAAGUGCCUGGCUGGAAUUCUUUAAGUUUCGGGAAGUGGGAGGGAUGAGCCCUGGGUUAUUUUGGCAAGCUAGUCUUUCUCAAUCUCUGUUCGCCAUGUAUAAAAUGAGUAUACCCGCCACCAAGAAUUGUUGUAGGAGAUAAAAGAAUUGUAACGCAUUUUGCACAUUUAAAUUACCAUAGAAACUAUUCAGUCUAAUACUGCCCCCCCCCUCACCAAAUGGGCAUGAUACAAAUGACUUUGUAAUCCAACGCUCAGCACUGCUGCACCAGCAAAACUGUACAUGAUGCCCUUCAGCUACAUUGCAGUAUCACACUGCUAGGCAGAAUCGCUUUGGGGUUGGCACUUAAGCCCAGUCUCAGCAUGUCAGUGUUGAAAAAAUUCUCCUGUCUCCAGUGUGGCAUCAAGCAACUUCACUUCUGCAGCCGUAAUAGGGCUGGGCACUAGCCAUGCGAUGAGAUAGUCCAGCUUCAUAGGAAAGCAAUGGUUGGUGAAAUUCUGCCAGCCUGAUGUAACAGUAGCAGGGUUAUAAGUAUAGAGGCAAAUUUUCAAAUAAUUACUUACAUUUCAGAGGAAGUAAGCCGGUUACUAUCCCAGCUAAAUCUCCCCAAAUAAAUUCUCCCGUUAAUUUCCUUUUCCAGAUUACCCAAAUCUCCUUUAAUUAAUGAAAAUCCCCGUUAGUUCCCUGUCCUGCUCCAAAAUCACUUUCCCUUUUACUUUGUACCCCUGUUCAUUGUCAGUCAUCUCACUGUUAUCCCUUCUGCUGCUUUAAAAAUUGAAUUAAGAAGAAAUAGGUUGCAUGAUUCCUUUCAGGUGGAGGGAGGAAUCGUACUAUGAGGCAAGUUGGCUGGUGGGUGUCUGUCUAUCUUUUUAAACUUAAUUAAGCAAAAGGAAAGCCUUCAGCCAGGGACCAGCCUACCAUUAGACAGAGUGAGGGAGCUGCCUCAGGUAGCAGGUGCUGGAGAACAGGGAGCACCAGGGAGCUGCUGGAGACCAGAGACAUGUAGGUCAAGCAGUCUGUAAGAUAAGCUACUGCUCUCAGGAACAGACUGCCCUGCCCAGUUGCCAGUGUUGAAAUGGGAUUCAGGUGGUAGCCCUAUUGGUUUUUGUAUGUGGAGCAGAGAGUGUGGGGGCUUCUUGUUCUUUGCCAAGAGCAUCAAAAUGUAUUGGGCAGCAUUGCCACUAUCAGCUUGCUACCGCACUGCGUGAAUUGUCAUAGAAUUGUAGAGUUGGAAGAAGACCCCGAGGGUCAUCUUGUCCAACACCCUGAAAUGCAGGAUUCUCAACUAAAGCAUCCAUGACAGAUGGCCACCCAACCUCUGCCUAAGAACCUCCAAUGAAAGAGAGCCCAGCACUUUCUGAUGCAGUCCCUUCCACUGUCUAGCAGCUCUUACUAACAGAAAAUUCUUCCUUUCAGAUUGUAACCUCAAAGGUGGAAUCUCCUUUCUGAUUGAAACCUCAACGCUCCCAAGAAGCAAUGCUGCUUCCUUUUCCGUCCCUUGACCCUGGAAAUGAAACUGAAAUGGGGUUGUUUCCCACCCAGGGCACUUUGAGGAUUCAUUUGUGGCUUGCCUUUAAAUUAAGGUGACCACUUAAAUUAAGGUGACAGGGCUGUUUGGUAUGAAAAGAGACUGCUUGGCCGUACUGGGUGGCAACACUCAAAGCAUCCAUCUCUGAAGCGCUGGAGAGCCUUGUAGAUUGACUACCAGCAGGCUAGACAGACCAGCAGCCUGAGUCAUACAAGGCAGCUAUGUGUAUUCAGAGAAGCAUUUGGGGAGAGUUUUUGAUGCCAGAAUCAGGCAUAUAUUAAGGCUGUUAAACCCAAAGCAUAACAGAUCAGUGAUGCAUCAAGUUUGGGCAAGGGUUAGAAUGUCACAUUGCCUAAGUAAGGGCAUGUCACUGCUCAAUCAUCACAGAAUGCACUACUCUUUGGCUAGAAACUCAGAAAAUCUGAAUUUUAUCUUCUAUAAAUCAGCUAGCUGUAUGAUAAUGAUCAUAGACUGGAUUCACAAAGCAGAGAUUAAUUAACUCUGGAACUGGAGGUGUCUCCUUUUUCCUUCUCUUGGUCUAUAUGCGUACUCCAUUUCCUUCCAGGUUUGUGUCUCUCUUUAACUGGAGCUGUUUUUGAACUUGUGCUCCUUUUAUGCCAGUACGAGUGAUUGCUCAAUAGGACAACCAUCUCCUUUGGAGCCUCUAGGUGCUGUAUAAUAAUGCUAUCAGACAUCUCUCCUUGGUUGUUCAUUGGCAGUUCCAAACAAACAUUGGAAGCAGGAACCAAUGGUGGUAAUUAAAUAAGGAAGAGGUUGCCAAAAGAGGGGGUGAAUUCUCUAUCAUGUGCAAUCUUUGGAUAAAGAGAAGCAGAUGCUCUUUAGAAAGAUAAUACUCUCUAAACACAGGUUGACAGGCUUGUUAGCACAGCAGCUUGAGCUAAAGCCAAUAAUCAAGAAAUGUGAUGAAAACUUAACAUGUGAGGCCUGCACUGAAGUUUAUAGGGGCUGCCAUUUUCCUUCUUGACUCAUUGCAAACUUGUUCAAAUCUUCAUCUGUUGAACUCAGUGCGAGAACUGUCAGUGGGUUGUUAUUUAUAGAGGCUUGUUUAAUACAUUUUUAUUGUUUGCUGCGUAGCAAUAUGUUCACAAACUAGGGGCUUCGUUUUCUCCCUGGAGAAGAAAGGGGGAAACUAGGUAGAGGAUGUUUGGUGAAAUAGAACUGCAACUCUUUGAGGAGACCCAGUGAAUGGAUUUUGAUUUAGCUAUGCACAGUCAUGGCUACCUAAGCCCAUGUCACCUCUGCUGAUUUCCUUUCACUUCAGUUUGUGGAGAGGAGUCACUGAUACAGAUGGGGAGAAAAUAGUUUGAGUUUGCAUGUGUGUCCACCUAAUUGAAACUUCCUGAACUGAAAUAAAGCAAUGCUUCAAAUUCUCACUUUUCUGAAUUUUACGACUUAGUUCUCCAACUGAGAAAUGCAUACAUUUUUUCUGGAUCAGGUGAAAAUGUGUAUACAGAAAUGCAUUAUAUUGGGAGAAAUUGCAUGCAAAAAUGUGUAUAUUAGAAGAAAUGUACUCUAAAAUGCUGGUGAAUUUUCACGAGGAUCUUUCAUUUUAAAAACUUUCAAACUGAUGUGGAAAUGUGGGGAACUGAACUGAAGACUGGAUACAUGAGAAACCGAGAUAAACCAACAUUGACAGAUCGACCCACUGCUAGUCACUGAUCUGUGCUGAAAACAGCCUGGAUUCUGCUUAUCUGAUUCUACCGGUGAACCCCAUUUAGGUUGUUUUGCAGUGGUGGGUUUCAAAAUCUGAACCCAGACUAAGUAAUACUGUAGACUGAAGCAGCUGUAAGACGUCGGCAUGGGAUUACUGAAAACCGCAGUUGUGUGGCAGUGGUAAGAAAACUUGCACAGCUGGAAUGAAAUUGUGCCCCCACCCCAAAGAAGAGAGGCAUCUUAUUUGCAUAAGAUAAGAUGCAGAAAGUGACACUCCUGCUGUACCUUAUCUGAUACAUGCAAGAGAUAAACAUCCUUACCUCUCCACCAAGCCCUUUGCACAGAAGUUGGGAGAAGGAAGAAACAGCAAGUGUUCCUCAGCCUCAUGCCAAUUCCUUAUCUCAUCCAAACUUGGAUGUAAGACUCUUCUUCCUGCUCAAGCUUUGAGCAAGUACAGAGCGAAGGCUAAGUUGCCCUUCCCUUGCAAUGCAAUUGGGAGAAAGGAAGAAACAGUAAGACAAACACCUGUAUCGUUUUCUUCCCUUCAACAAACAGUCUUUGGGUAGCUGCUGGGUGUUGUUCCUCCUCGCCAGAGACCAAGGGGCACUCGCUUCUGGUACUCUGACCAGUGAAAUUGUGGGUGCCUGUCCAUAACUUCUUCUUUGACGUGCACAAGUUGAUAUUGGUUCAUGGCUUUUAUAUUCUCUAGCCCAACCAACAAUUAUGGGUUGCAUUCAACUGUAAUUCUAUAAAUAUGGGAGCACAGGAAGCUGGUCCAUCAAGUUCAGUAUUGUCUACGCUGACUGGCAGUGCCUCUCCAAGAUUUCAGACAGGGUUCUCUCCCAGCCUCACCUGGAGAUAAUGGGGAUUGAUCCUGAACCUUCUGCUUGCAAAGCAGAUGCUCUACCUUUUCAGAGCUGACCCAUUUUAAUAAAUGGGCCUAAGUAAGCCAUGCUUGUUAAUUUCAGUAGGUCUGUUCUAUACAGGAUGAACACUGGAUACAAUCUUAUGUAAUUUGCAUUGCAGAGCCAAUUGUGAUAACCCAAUGAAUCACUAGGAAGCAUGGAUCUUUUUUCUUUUGAAUAAUUUUUAUUAAUUUUUAACAUAUAAAUUAUAAUACAUACCACAAAACUUCACAUCUUAUACAAUCUAUUUUUGGACUUCCAUCAGCACCUCUGAUGAUCCACCAUUCUUAUCACUUCUUCUGCAUUUCUUAAAUUCAUAUUGCCUUUAAAUAUCUUAGCUAACCAUCCUCCCCUUUAUCUAUUUUUGCAAUAAUUCAAAUAAUUCACCUCACAAAACUUCUUGCAAACCUACAAACGUAAUCUGAUCAUCACAAUUACUUUUCAAAUAGUCUGUAAAUUUACUCCAGUCUUCUGUGAAUCUCUGGUCCCACAGAUUUUGAAUUUUUCCUGUUAAUUUAUCUAAUUCUGCAUAGUCCAUCAAUUUCAUCCUCCAUUCUUCUUUCGUCGGUAAUUCUUCUUGCUUCCAUUUUUGUGCCAAUAAUAUUCUUGCUGUCGUCGUUGCAUAUGAAAACAGCUUAAAAUCUUUUCUAUUUACAUCACUUCCUACAAUGCCCAGUAGAAAUGCUUCUGGUUUCUUUAUAAAUGUAUAUUUCAACAUUUUUUUCAUCUCAUUAUAUAUCAUUUCCCAGAAGUUUUUCACCUAGGAAGCAUGGAUCUAAUGUUUGUAUUUACCCCCUCACUUUGUACUCUUGAAAAGUUGAGUUUCAGAUGAGGUUCAAAGGAUGAGAAGGUUGUUGUUUUUUUCCUGUCCAUGAACUAUCCGUUAUUUUGUAUUUCAGGAUUCAGAUUAUUAUCAUUGUGCACUUUGGAAGGGCUUAGGACACCUAUUUGUGGUGUGGCAGUCACGUAAAAGUUCGUUGUAGGUUGUCUACAGUCACCUAUAAUACCCUGUUGUACAGUGAGGCAUGCUUUACUAUACCAUCAAGGUUACCACACAUUUCAGCUUGGUUGCAAGGUACAGCAAGGUUCAGGUGGCUGUGUGGCCAGAGGCCAGAAGUGACUGGCUCUCUCACACAAAUCAGCUGGAUUGAUCUCUGGUCUCUCCUCCUUUCUGGUUCCUUUCCAUUCUGUACAGUUCUAGAAUGAAAUGAGGUUUUAAAAAACACACACGAGAGAAAGGGCUUUUGCUCUUGGCAUAGUUCUCAUACCUGUGGAGGAAAGUGUGCCUACACCUUCAAAAGAUAUCGAUCCAGAAACUUGCCCAGAGGCUUCUGGUACUACCCUCUUGGGUAAGAUGCUCGCUACAUCUUUUGAAACGAAACCUCAGUGAUGGGGGCUUUGGCAGUUCUCAGCUGCAGGAUUUGUGUGGAGAGAGCUGCACUACGGAAGGAGAAGCCGUUAGUUAAUGCUUUUGAAAAAUCUGAAAAAUGCUUUAAAGUUUCUUGGAAGUGCUUCAUGAAACACGAAGCCAAGCUGCCUUUAUCUUUACUUUAAGGAGUAUUUGAUGCAGAUAUUGAAGAGACUUUUGAGGCAAGUAACACUGUACCGAAACAGACAAAUGGUCCUGGAAAUAUUUGCAGUGAGGUGUGCUAGGCAGAGAUCUAAGUCAAUACACAAAUGUUAAUCAGUCUGAUAGUUCCUUAUCUUGAAUAUUGUCAGGUAUGGGAGGGAGGGAGGUUUCAGAUCCCCAAGGCCAUGUAAGUGGCUGAAAGUGAUUGGAUCUGUAAGGGAUUGGAGAAUGGAAAGCACAUCUUGCAGUUCCUAAGCAACUCUGAAAGCUCCUGUCUUCAUUUCUCCUCAUCUCUGCACCCCCAAAAGGGUUUCAAACAGAUGGCUUUGCAUUCAAGGGCAACUACAGAAAGUACGAAGGCAACAGUGGCAGCACAUAUAGCUCUAUUUGCAGGUUAGAGUCAUGCCUCCAUUUUGUGUGAUGGGUGAGCCAUACCAAGAUUGGGGCAAAUAAAACAAAAAAAUAAUAAUGAAAAUAUGCCAUUCUAUAAUGGACGUACAUUACGUGUACGCAGUGGAGGGUUUUCUAGAAAAAUAUGUGCCACACUUUUUAAUAACAACAACAACCCCCAAAAAGUGCUGGUACUGUGUAACCUUGAGUACCCCCUGAAAAGAAAAGAAAAAAACACUGACUGUACAGUACAAUGCAAUAUACUUAAAUGAAAUAGCUACGUUACAGGUAGGAGACUAUUUGGUCCUGGAUGGGAUCCAAAAGUUCACACAUAAACAAACCCACACAAUAAAAGGGUGUUAAUUUCAGAUGUCUUUAUAUGCUCGUUAUUGAUAUAAUUUGGGGUAAUGGUUUUGCACUGUGCAACAAAACUUAGGUGUAAUGUGGGUUGGUGGGGUUGCUGUUGCUGCUUUAUCAAAAGGCUGGAUAAGAAUUUUGAGGACUUAUUUUGGAUAUAGUAACUCCUGUAUUAGUGAUGAAAGGUAGACAAGAGGAUCACCAUAGUCUAAUCUUUCCGUUUCUUGACAACCUCACAGGUCCAGAGCCUAGAACAGCACAACCAAGUCCUUCUCACGAGAUGGAACUUUUUGAAAGAACAAGACAACUCCCUUUCUGAGUUGGAUAUCAAACUCCUCUACGACCAGUACAUGAACAGGCUGAACCUAGAGGUUCGAUCAAUUGAUGCAGAAAAAGAACAGCUGGAUUCAGAACUUGAUGAAGUGUUGGAUGCCAUGGAUGCCUUCCGUAACAAGUAAGUCUUCUCUUCUUUCUCUGGUAUCAGGAACUUGUGGCCCUCCACAUAUUGCUGGACUACAACUCCCACCAUCCCUGUCCAUGGGCCAUGAUCAGGUUCCCCACUCCUGUUCUAGGUCUUUCACGUGUUUGGUGGACAUAUUUAUAAAGCACCUCUCUCCUCCUUGUCUCUUAAUUCAUAUCUUUCUGCAUAUUCUGUGCACCCCUCAAAGAUUACACCUUCAUACUUCACAGCUGUAUCCACUACAGAUAGUCCUGUAUUGAGAUGAGAUGUCAUAACAGAGAGAGAGAGAGAGAGAGAGAGAGAGAGAGAGAGAGAGAGAGAGAUUUUCUAGAGGGCUUGUAAAAUGAAAGAUAGCCAUUCUGUCCUGUGCUUGAGAGGCAAGAAUUCUCCAACAGACCUUUGGUUGACAUACAGAAGACUCCUUCCACCACUGCCCCUAAUACAUAUUUUUAUUCUCUAAAGUAAAAACCAUGCACUUGCAUGGUUGCACAACAUAGGAGUUAAGGAGAAAAUGUGGUGAGAGUUCAGCAGCGCCAGUGUUGUUGAAGCACUGCAGAAGACUUCUUCUUCUUCUUCUUCUUCACCAAUCACUUUGCCUUAACAGUGAGUCCAUAAGUGACUGUGGAGGCCAAUUCUGGAUCCACACGUCCUUCCACAGUGGGGGCAUAGGUUUCCAGACUGGUGUUGAUCAUGAUGAGGGUUUGCCAAAUGUGCCUUCCUCUUAGCAUAUUUCUCCCUUUCCUCCUGAGUUUGUGCAUCUUCAAAGUCCAUGACACCUUUGAUAUAGGCUGUUGUCCAAUUGGAGCGCUCGCAGGCCAGUGUUUCCCAAUUGUUGGUGUUUAUACUACAUUUUUUUAGAUUUGUCUUAAACCUCUUUUGUUGGCCACCAGCAUUACGCUUUCCAUUUUUAAGUUCAGAAUAGAGCAGUUGCUUUGGAAGAUGAUAAUCGGGCAUCCAAACAACGUGACCAGUCCAACACAGUUGAUGUUGAAGAAUCAUUGCUUCGACACUGGUGAUCUUUGCUUCUUCCAGUACACUGGCAUUAGUUUGCCUGUCUUCCCAAGUGAUAUGUAAACAAUUCUGGAGACACCAUUGAUGGAAUCUUUUGAGGAGUUGGAGAUGGUGUUUAUAAGUGGUCCAUGUUUCACAAGCAUACAGUAAGGUUGGUAGUACAAUAGCUUUGUAAAUAAGGCAUAGUAGGAUCCUAGCACAACAGCAAUGGCCACAAGCUCAUUGCGCCAGCAUUGAGCCUCCUCUUUUGUUGAGAUCUGCUCAGCUGGGCACCGAAUAUCAGAUUGCCAAUGCAUGAAGAGAUUUGUUCUCUUGUGAGAAACAAAUAAUACCCCUAAUUUUAGACUUGGUUUUGUGAACCGUAUUUUAAUGUCCUGUUCCAAUUGUUGGCUUGAUUGCUAGAUAAUGCAUGUUGGCUGAAUGUGCAAAGUUCAACCAAAUGGAAAGGAAACGUGAGAAGCAAAGGGAGCUUAAUGUGUAAUUAAUUAUGUGUAAAUGUAGUCUACUUACCCUUCAGUCUCACUCCUCCUACAACAUUCAGCUAUUCUUUCUCUCUGUUCCUUCCUGGAGUCUGCACUCUUCUAAUACCAGCCUGAUAUUAGUACUUGUAUUUCCUGCCGACAUUCCUUUUCCUUGGCAGCUUCCUGAUUCUAGGACUCCCCACCCAACAGUCAGUUUUUCCUCUUCUAUUAGUAUAUUCAGAAGUGACUUAAGGAUGCACUUAUUUGGUCAGUCAUUGUUUUACUUUCAUUUCAUUUCCCUCCUUAUCUUGUCCUGUUAUAAUUAGAUUGUAAGGCUACAGGCAGGGUUUAAGACAGACAGACAGACAGAUAGAUAGAUAGAUAGAUAGAUAGAUGAUAGACAGAUAGAUAGAUAGAUAGAUAGAUAGAUAAGCACACUCUGUUCUUCACCUAGCAGUUAUAGUUGUAAAUAAAAAUGGAUAAAUAAUAAUAUACCUACCUGUGAAUAGUCUUAAAAAUAAAAAAGAUACAUAGAUGCAGCCAUCUCUGUCAUAAGCCCUAUUUGCAAGUAAGUAUUCUCAAGGUCACACCAACCUAGAUAAAAGAGGAACUGGAUUGCCAGAUGGAAUAGUGGGUGAUUUGAUGCUGCAGAACAAGGCAGGCGGGAUUUUUGACACCGUAUCUUUCACAUCCAUUUGGCAGAGCAGACACAAAUCGUGGAACAAAGAUCUUGAGAAUGGGGAUGUAGAUCUGGGAGAUCAUCCAGGUGACCCUAUGAUCCCAACAAUCCAGAUGUUCAGGGUCAUUUAGGUUAAACCAUUGGUAUGAGAAGGCAUUCCCAGUUCCUAAAAAUAAAGCCAUCUGGAUGUUUUCCUAGAUCUGCUUUCCUAAGAUCUUUAUUUUUAUUACUCUUGAGCAGGUUGGAAGAUUUUUUACUUUUACUUUCACUGAAGCAAGAGAAACAUGCCAGGAUCCAGUUUGAGAACUUUGAAAAGAUAUCCCCUGACACCAUCAGUCAUUAAGCAAAGUAACGAGGCUGUCAUUAUUACACAAUGGCAAUGUUUCCCAAGGGAAACAACAACCAAAAAAACAAAAUAUGCCAGCAACAUAUUUAGCUGUAGAGUUAAAACCUGUGAAAUUUCCUUUUAAAGAUAUUAUUGUUGUUCUUUUCAUAACAACAGCUGAGAGUUAAUUAAAUGUUUCUGUCCAAGGGCCAUGCUUUUCAAUUUGAUUCUUAGGGCUUCUGAUCACUUUUCCAAUUGACUAAAGGUUUCUCUCAGUUUUGGACCAGCAAGUUUUAUUUAGAGAUGUCAUGAAAAUCAUGAUUUUCUGCUCGGAAAAUAUCAUGGGUAGAAAAUAUGUGGGUGCUGGUGGCGGGCUGGGACUAGAUGCAUAAAGUGUUGCACAAUUAAACCAAUUGCCAAUAAUAUGCAUGCAACAAUCAUUUUCAGACAGUCCUCUCCUCUUUUCUGCUUCUUUUCUUCCUUUAUUACUUGCAUAAUAUUGAUUCCAAGCUGCAUUACAUGUAGGGCUGCACAAAUUACCAUAUUUUUCACCUAAAAAGUAAGGGGAAAUGUGUGUGCGUCUUUUGGAGCAAAUGCAGGCUGUGCAGCGAUCUCUGAAGCCAGGAGAGCAAGGGGGAUCUGUGCGCACCGAAAUAUACACCUUUUCUAAACAGAGCUGAACCAAAACGGAGGCUUUUUGUGCAAAAAGACUUGGAAAAUGUGCAUUUUCCUAUUUUGGCAAUUGUUCAGCCCUGUGAAAUGGAUUUAAACUGUUCUUCUCAGAGGGAUGGCAGGAAGCUUUUCUCUUGCUCUGAUUUGGCUUCUUGCGAACAGCAUAGAGCCAGAUUUGGUUGGCUUUGGUAUCAUCUGGAAGCCUGUAUGUAACAAGAGAUGCCACUGUAGGUAGAUAUCUAUUGGAUAAGUCUCCAGCUAUUGCAAUUGGUGCCAACAUAUUCCAAGUUUACCAAAUCCAUAUACAGUAGUACCUUGGUUCUCAAACUUAAUCCGUUCUGGAAGUCCAUUCCAAAACCAGAGCGUUCCAAAACCAAGGCACGCUUCCCCAUAGAAAGUAAUGCAAAAUGGAUUAAUCCAUUCCAGACUUUUAAAAGCAAGCCCUAAAACAGCAAUUUAACAUGAAUUUUACUAACAAGACCAUUGAUACACAAAAUUAAAGCAAUAAUGUACUGCAGUCAAUCAAUCAAUCAGUAGCUGAACUGGGUUCCACAAAGUCACAAAAACAAAAAAGAGCCACAAAAACAAAAAUGCAAAAUAAAUAGCAAAAACAGAAGACAGACCUCAGCGUAACACUCAAAACGGAAGUGUGGCACUCAAAUCGGAAGCGUAACACUCAAAACGGAGCAUGUUCGGCUUCUGAAAAAAGUUCGCAAACCGGAACACCUGCUUCCAGGUUUGCAGUGUUUAGGUUCCAAGUUAACUCUGAAAGCUGUGCUUUUGCUUUUACACAUUUAUUAACGUUGUUGUAAAAACUUAUCUCAAAAACCUGAAGCCAUGCUAAAGGGACUUUCUCCUAAUAUAGCACUGCACUUCAGCUCAAACCAGCUUGACUUGUUACUGGAUUGUUCAAAGGCCCCAGUCUACUGUCACAAAAGAAAGCAUAUUCUGAGUCUCCAUAGUAAUCUGGAUACCAUUUUAGAUUUUAGUAAAGUGGGGCCGAUAUCAGUAGCGGAGCAAUAUUUUAUCAUGGUCUCCUUAUUGCAGUCAAAGGUAGAUUGCGAAAGGUCAGUGUAUUCCAAGUACAUUUGUUAAGAUCCUUCCCCCCCCCCAUUAACUAGCAGUGAUAUCAGUGCAGAUGAAACUGCCAUGCUUUUUUGAAGCAAAGGAUAUUUCAGACCCUCCAAGAGUCCCUAUUUUCCAGGGACAGCCCCAGAUUUACAGAAGCUGUCCUAGUUUUUGACAUAAUCCCAGAAUGUCCCACUUUUCCUUAAGAAGCCCCUAUUUUCAUCAAAGAAAUGUUGGAGGGUAUGGAGUUAUCCAACUCCCCAAGCCAUCUGAAGAUAGUCCUGUAUAGGGAAGUUUUUUUCAAGUUUAGUGUUUUAUUGUGUUUUUAUAUAACAUAAUAAAUCUUUAUUGCGGUCCAAAGACCCAUAACAUAGAUUCAGAAUAAAAUACAGAUUCAUACAGACAACCCCCUGGGAGAGGAAGACCAAGACAAUAUUUGUUUAGUCUUGAGUAUGAUGAUCUGUGAUACGUAUGACUACCAAAAGAAACUUUGCCAUGGCCACUGUGAUCAUAGAAUCAUAGAGUUGGAAUAGACCACAAGGGCCAUCGAGUCCAACCCCCUGCCAAGCAGGAAACACCAUCAGAGCACUCCUGACAUAUGGUUGUCAAACCUCUGCUUAAAGCCCUCCAAAGAAGGAGACUCCACUCAUAUCAUUAGACUUGUCAUCCAGAAGAUAUUCAGUAUAGUAGGCUUCAGAUUUACCCGGCCAAUUUGCCAGUCAGGUUUAAUCAAUAGAUCCCUAGCUUGCUCAUAUUGUCUGCAAUGCAGUAGGAUAUGCCUCAUACAAUCGACGUCCUGAGAGCAUGCGCAGACCCUAUUCUGAUAAGGGAUGCCUCUCAGUCUGCCAUUUAGCACUUCUGAUGGGAAUUCAUUUAAUCUGGCUUUGGUAAAAAGAUGCUGAUAAGUUGGUAUAGACAGAUUUCUAAGAUAUGCAGGUGUCUGAAAAUCGAACCCAUAGUGAAUUCCUACUGCUAUCGGGCCACAGAUAACAUGAGAUUGAGAUCGGAGAUCACUAUGUGAUAUUUCCCAGAGCAUUUGUCUCAGAGAUGUUUUUAUAUAUGUUGGAAGCUGCUGCCCAGAGGCCUUGGGGCAACCCUCAGAUGGGUGGAGUAUAAAUAUUAUUAUUAUUAUGGAAUAGGACGUCCCUAUUUUCAUUAGAGAAACAUUGGAGGGUAUGAUAUUUGUGUCUUUGGCACACACUUAUACCAAGUACACAGGCCUUUUGAAUUGUUUCAAAUACUUUUACCAAUUAUUGUAUAAAAUCAGCAAGCUGGAUAUAGCUACUUCUGCAGAAUCACAUGUGCAUAACAUUGCAAAUUUUAUGCUGCUUACAUAUGUCACGGUUUCCCAUCUUCUAGUGAAAGAGAUUCCAAACUCUUGUUAGGAGGAUAUGUUUGAUGCUCUAUUUCUCUGUGGCAAAGUAAAACUCUGAUAAUGUCCUCAUGAUUGCAUCCCACUUGAUCACUUGAAUUUCCAGGAACUAUCAGAUCAGUGGGAUUCAAAACCUUCUUCCCUUAAGGAAUCCUUGACAUGAAUUUGCCUUUCAAGGAGCGGAUGCACAUGGCAAAGGUUUGGCGAGCAUGUUGUUAGGCGCAUUCCUCAAUUAGUGCAAAGCAUCAACGCACCUGACCUAUUAUAUUUAGCUAUGUGUUCCACAAGAACUAAGAGUAUAGCCAAAAUGUCUGGCACUUUCAAGACUGCACAUCAUAAUAAUAAUUUUAUUAUUUAUACCCCACCCAUCUGUCUGUGUUUCCCUAGCCACUCUUGGUGGCUUACACAUUGCAAGGAUAUAUUGUUAAAGGCACAUAAGCUGUUGUCCACCAUUGCUGCUCUUCUCAUUAAUAAACCUCUUAGCCCCCAGGGUUCCCUGGAACACAGUCUGAAAACUUCAGUCUUGGACUGAAAAUGGCUGCUUCUGUCUUGUGUGUUGAUCAUUAUAUUCACUAUCUUUGGUUGUUUAUUUUUAAAUGUGUUAGAGGUUGCUCUGGGCAUCCUUCAUGACAUGGGUGGGUGUCAGGGAACUGACAUCGGAGCUAGAGGCGGAGGGAAGGCUCUCAAAUGAUGCUGGAGAAGGGCCCAGCAGGGAGAGAGGCAGCUCAGCAGAUGGGGAAGCAAAUCAGCGCAACACCAGGGAUAAGGAGGGGCUGAUGGGGAAUCGGCGAGAGGGCUCCAGGACUCUUCACCGGACACCAGCGGGGAGAGCACUGGUCCCCCGCUACCCACGCCCACCCUGCGCAGAAGACUUCCGCGCAGAGAGAGUAGGAGGAGACUGGGUGUCAAACAACUUUUAUGUUGGAAAAGAUUUAAGAAACGCCCACUGACGGAUUCUGCUAGCGACUGAGGCAGCCACGAAGUGAAGGGCUGCCCAGACUGAAAGGUUUACCAAGGCAACAAAGCCUGGAGAGGCGGCAACUUACGCACGAGCAACCCAUACUCAUUAUAGUGGGGAACCACCAGAUGUUCCUGGACUGCAACACCAUUAUCCCUGACUAUUGACCAUGCAGAAGGUCAAUGGAGUUGAUGGGAGCUGCAGUUUAAAACACUUGGAGGGCCACAGCUUUCCCACCCCUUCUUUCUGACAACACAAAUGAGACCAUGCUGAGAAAAUAAGAACAGGCAGCAGACAGGAAGUGCUAACAUCCACUAGGCUACGCCUAAUGUCAUCACACUUGUGUGCAGACACUAACAUGAGAGCCACUGUGGCGUACAGUGGUACCUCGGGUUACAUACGCUUCAGUUUACAGACGCUUCAGGUUACAGACUCCGCUAACACAGAAAUAGUACCUUGGGUUAAGAACUUUGCUUCAGGAUGAGAACAGAAAUCACGUGGUGGCGGCAGGGCAGCAGAGGGAGGACCCAAUAGCUAAUGUGGUGCUUCAGGUUAAGAACAGUUUCAGGUUAAGAACGGACCUCCGGAACAAAUUAAGUACGUAACCAGAGGUACCGCUGUACUGUUUUUAACACUUGAUUGGGAGCCACCCAGAGUGGCUGGGGAGACUCAGCCAGAUGGGCGGGGUAUAAAUAAUAAAUAAUAAAUUAUUAUUAUUAUUAUUAGUUAGAGUGAUGGACUGGGGACUGGGCAGCCAGGGUUCAAAAACGCACUCAGCCACAAAACUCACUCAGCGAUCUUGGGCUGGUUACUGUCUUGAAACCUAAGCUACCUCACAAAGCUGUUGUUAGCAUGAAAUGAGGUGGGGAAGAACCAUAUAUGCUGCCUCGAGUCCUUUGGAUGAAAGAUGGGAUAGAAAUGUUAUAACAAAUAAAAUAAAAUAUACAAUAUGGGUUUUACCUAGUGGGCACUUUACAAUUAUUCCCCCCACCACCACCUUCCUUGCCCUGCACUUGUGAUUCUCAGUGAGGAUCUCCAACUGUUGUAGUUGGGAAUGAACCUUCCAUGUCCGUAUGAGUCAACUCCUGGAUGCAACUCCUUGAUCCUAGGGACUCCUACGCAAUCAGCCCUGGUUAAAGGAACGUGGAUGGUUUGGCAGGCUUUGAUCAGGUUGGUCUGCAACCCCAUCAAGACCGACAUGCCUCCUGCUUGCUCCUCUCCUACCUCCCUCAGGUAAAGUAUGUCAGGGCCUUGCAAUACAUAAAGCCUUCUCUCAGGGUGGGCUGAAGGCAGGAGGUAUCAGAAGGAGUUGCAAAAGAGAAUGAAGAGGGAUCAGGGUUGUAUGCAUGAGGCAGGCUGUAAUUAAGCAUAGCGUGUGUGCUCUGGCAACAAGCCAAGCAUUCCAGCCAAAGGGCAGAAGAACCAGAAGAACCAACAUUUCUGCCACUAUCCUUGUAAUGGGGCUUAUGAAAGAGGUAGCUCCCAGGGUGGGGAGGAGGUUCUGUCAUCACCCAUUCUGAAUUGGAAGAGCUCUCUUCCCUCAGCCUCGGGCUCUUUCUGUUCAUUGGGGCUUUUUCAUACAGAGUCAUGGUGUCUGCGUUGACUGCACUGCUGGUUCGGGGACUUCAGGGUUUGACUUAGCCCAGCAAGUCACCUUGCAUGUUCAGGACCCACUUCAAGCACAGUAGAGUUAUGGAACGUGUAACCACCAAAUGUUCUUGGACUCCAGCUCCUAUCAACCCCAGCCUGCCUGGCCAGUGGUCAGUAAUGAAGGGAGCUCUGGUCCAAGAACAUCUGCAGGGCCACAGUUUCCCCAUCUCUGGAACAGAGGUUUGCAAGACCAGCUUCUAUUAUGGCUAGUCGUAUGAAGCUUCUGAAUGGCCAGGCCUGUCCUUCUGCCCUUGCCUGGAUUUCUGCUUGUUGAAUUUGUUCCCUUACCCCUGCUUGAAGGCUCCUACGCCAGAUCUGAAAACGGGCGAACAUUUCCAUGGCUCCGGCCUAAUUCUGUGAAAGCACUUCAUUGUGAAAUACCUCGGGUUACAAACACCUCAGAUUACAAACACUUCGGGUUACAGACUCCACUAACCUAGUAGUAGUACCUUGGGUUAAGAAUUUUACCUCAGGAUGAGAACAGAAAUCGUGCGGCGGCGGCACAGCAGCAGUGGGAGGCCCCAUUAGCUAAAGUGAUACCUCAGGUUAAGAAUGGUUUCAGGUUAAGAACGGACCUCCGGAAUGAAUUAAGUUCAUAACCAGAGGUACCACUGUAAUGAGUAGCGAAGAUUAUUGUGAAAUAGUAAGUACUUCCGUGGCGAUAGGCUCUGAUAUCUCACUGGCUUUUUUUCAGCCAGAUUUCACUGGAGCUCAGCUCUGGCACCUCUCAGAUGGGCACCAUUGCCAUUCUAAGAGAACAAGGGAGAUGUUUGUACUGAGCUCCAGCACCUCUUCUAGAAAAAUAGCACUGGUCACUGCACACAUUAGAAAAACACCCUUUUAAUGAAGGGCAUAAGGUGACCAGACCUGUGGAGAUUGUUCCACUACCCUACCCAAAUUUUCUGUGUUCUGCAAGAAAUGAGAGAAGCGUGAGGGAAACUGAAGAAUACAAUAGUGUGAUGUUGAUGGUGUCCUGCAAAUGCCCUGGAAAACAUCAGUGAACAAAGUGUGGCUAUUACACAGUAAAUGCCUAGUGUAGAAGUUAUAGAUGGAUUUCAAAGGGGAUUAGACAGUCUGGUGGAGAAUAAAGCUAUCAGUGGCUACUAGUCAAGAACCUGCAUGCCUCUGAAUACCAGUUUCUGGAGAACAACAGCAGAAGAAAGCUAUUGUCCUUCUGUCCAACUUCUGUGUUUGCCAUAGGCAUCUGGUUGGAAACACGAUGCAGAAGGGACAGACCAGUCCAUCUCAGCAAAGCUCUUCUUAUUUGUGUUCAGGUUCAGCCCCCACUUUGCCCCCAGUCUGGCACAUUUAAAGAGAGAGACUUAUUCUCCAGGUUGCAGCCUGGGAACCCUACUGUGAGGCACUGUGCAAUGCUAAGGCACAUGGUGCAAACUGAAACCAACCUCUUAAGGUAAUUUAAAGAGCAGAGGGGGAAAGAAUUAAAUGCAGUUUCCUGGUUCUGUCCAGAAACCUAAAGGCGGGGGGCAGGAGUAAAAUGUAUCAUAGUCGUAUCGAUAACACACAACAUCUGGAGCCCUCCAGCCAUGCCUCAACACCACUCUCAUUUGAUCUCAGGAAAGGCUUGCUUUUUAUUACUUAGACAAUAACAAGCUAUUGCAUUACUGAAGAGAAAGCAUUCUAAGUUGUUAGGGGAUAUUAAUGCAGUCCAUUGUGUUCGAAGGUUGCCUCGGGGCCCCUGUGGGACCUGCAUGCCACCCAAGGCUACAUUCCAUUAUUUCCUGUUGAGAAGAAAAUGGAUCACAAGUGUCUUUAUGACUGCAGGCUGCCAGCAUCACAAAAUGAAGUUGCCUCACUCCCAUCCCAUCUUCUUUAGCUCCUUAACAAACCUGUUUAAAACACCUACAGUGAUGGGGCCUCUUCUGGGAACUUAGAUACAAGGGGGCACCACCCUGUCCAUCCAGUUCUGUUAUGCCUGGAGACGUUGGCAUUGUCAUCCUUUGGCAAAGCUGUAUGUAAGUUGAGCAGAUGAAAUUGGAGAUAUAGGGCUUUGAGAUCUUAGUCAUUGUAGCUCUAACAUUUGCUGCUGCACACUGUAGAAAGGAUGGAAGCAGCAGGUGGUGGUGAGCAUCAGUCAACACAAUGCAACUCUUCCCAUCACAAUAAUAUAAAAUGGCAGCAGCUGCCCUAGGUGUCCGCUCUGUAUUUGGUGUUCUAGAAAGGGUUCCAUUAGUUGAGCCCCUUGGUUCACAUUUUGAGACACUAUAAUUAUUGUUCCAUGCAGGGGGUGGUGGUAGAUGCUGUUUCUUAUACCAUAGGAUAUAAUAUAAACAUUCUUGAUGCAGAUAAGGUAAGAGAGAAGCACUGUCAUGGGAAGUAACCAUAUGAAAUGGGCAUUUGAUGCAGAGUUUCCCAAACUCCCAAGCUGUUUUUGGACUACAAUUCCCAUCAUCCUUGACCAUUGGUCCUGCUAGCUUUGGAUGAUGGGAGUUGUAGUCCAAAAACAGCUGGAGACUCAAGUUUGCGAAAUCCUGAUCUGAUGUGAUAAGGAACUGCAGUGUGGUGUUGGAGAGGACCAGAAAGGACCUACAGCCACCAGCCACAAUCGUUUUGAACUGUGCUUGGGAAGAAGGAAAUGGGGUGGUGCAGAUGAAGGAAAUCUCUUUUGUUCUUUGAGGCAGUGGGAUGACGUGAUUAGCCACAUGCUAAUUAGAUAUUAUUUUCCCACAUCUUCUGCACUCGCCCAGUGCCCUUAUUUCGCCUGCUAUUAUUUCUCACAUUAUUUCUCCUCCCAAACAUUUCCUAGUCAUUCUACAGACUCUUUAGGGCAGGGGCAAUCUCUUAUUGCAGCAUUAUCUGUACAGGACCCAGCAGAAUGGGCCCAUCAUUCAAAAUUAUGUCUCUAAGAGGUAUGAUAAUUCACAAGUUAAUGAGAUGAUAGCUCAGGCGUGACUUUUUUGUGGCGUGUGAGUGGGAUGGGAUGGAUGUGAAGGAAACACCGGUUCUGUUUCCUAAACAGAAAAUGGAAAUCAAGCUAGAGCAGCUAAAUUAUAUGCACUGUUUAAAUUAUACCUUCUGCCAUUCCGUUCAUACCAAUCAUCCCUCUUUUCCUUUAGAUAUGCGGAAGAAAUAAACCAACAGAUCUUGAGAGCCUAAAUUAUAUACACUGCUUAAAUUAUACCUUUUGCCAUUUCAUUCAUACCAGCCAUCCUUCCUUUCCUUUAGAUAUGAGGAAGAAAUAAACAAACGCACUGGGAUGGAAUUCACCUUCAUGACACUCAAAAAGGUAAAGUAGACCCAAAACUCUUCAGUUUCACAUCCAUGCAGUGGUAAUGCUGGUUCCCAGCCCUAUACCCACCUCCCUUGAUGACAGCUGCAUCACUGGCAAGGUUUACAUAAAAUCUCUUAUGGAAGAGAGAGAAAACUUUUAAAGGCUUUUCCAUUUUUGGGGGGUUGGACCAUUCUUUUGUUUAAACCAGGAACCCCAAGAUUGCUGCUUUGGAAUGGACACAGGCAGGCAUGAGAGAGAGACAAAAAGAGAGAAAAUGGACUGGUUUUGAAUGGGGUGGAUAUGGUUUCAAAGAGGAAGAAAAAUGGAAAUAGUGUGGUUAGACCUGACUAAGUUGUGUCUGCCUGAAAAGGGUGGUUAUAGGUCCAUUUGGACCACUAGGAAUAAAUGAAAAACAAACACAGUGAUUAUUUAAACCAAAAGGGUUGAAGUUCAAAAAGGUGUCAACCAUCUCUUUUUUAAUAUAAUGUAUACACUGAAAAAAAUAUUACUGAAAUGAAUAAAGUGAAAGAGGGGUUGAAAAUUGAGUUCUCAAAAUUAGACAUUUUGGCUUUUUAAUUUUCAAAAUUGAUUUGCACUUUCUAAUCCAACUUGUUAGUUUUGUCAAUGUCCUGGCUGCCACUUACAGGACAAGCGAAACUUGGACUGCGAUAAUUGUCAAAUCCUUACAGCAUUUGUUAUUUCUAGAUACUGCUGCAAAUGAAUCAUGAUUUUGGGCAGCAGCCAUAUUAUUGUAUCGAAUAAUUUUGGCCUCUGACCUUGAUUAUAAUUAUUCUUCUGAAAAGGAGGUUUUAAAAACAUUGGAACCAAGACAACCUGUAAUUGUUCAUUGUCAUCUGGCAGUCAGACAAGCAUGUCUGGGACAAACCUGUAUGAUUAUAAGAAACUUGUUCAAGAUUUCCAUGAUGUUUAAAGUGCAAACAGAAAUUUCCAGCCUUUCCUGUUCUUAAGGCAUAACGAUGCUCUUGUGUUACUUCUAAGUUGCCUCACUCCACCUCUUGAUGGACAGCCUUGAAUGUUCAUUGAAGGUGAUUGCUAUGGGGACCUUUAAGUACGAAACAAAGCUGGGCGUCAAAAAAUAUUCCCUGUGAUAUACUGCUGCUGCUAUGAAUUACGAAUUCCUUUUACAUGUGUUCAUCCUGCAUUGAAACCAGCUUGCAACUACCUUUCUGUUUACUCUGCUGGUGCCAUUCAACAGCCUAAUUUUUUCUUCUAAUUCAAAGAGUAAUUUGUGGACCAGCCCAACUUCCUUCCUUCUGUGAUCCACCUAAUUUCCAGCAGAAUGAAGAGUUAUAUGCAACAAUGUCAUACCAUUUGGGCAAGGACUUCUCCUUGUGCAACAAAACUUUCCCUCCCUCUCCCCCCCAUCCCUCCCAAAUCUGUUUAUGAGGUUCCCCCUAACCAGAGUCACAAUCUUUGCAAGUUGAUUGAGUGGCCGGAUCGACAUCCUGAUGUCACAUGUGUGAUGUCCUGAGGGCCGGGGGCAGAGCCGAACGUCCUCUAAACAUUGAGGGGGUCUGGUCUCAUCAAAAAUACAUUGGGGGGGACUGCCUUAGCCCCUAGGAGUUGGUGUAAAGGUAAAGGUGAAGGGACCCCGACCAUUAGGUCCAGUCGCAGACGACUCUGGGGUUGUGAUGCUCAUCUCGUUUUACUGGCCGAGGGAGCAGGCGUUUGUCCGCAGUUUUUCCAGGACAUGUGGCCAGCAUGCCUAAGCCACUUCUGGCGAAACCAGAGCAGCUCACGGAAAUGCUGUUUACCUUCCCGCCGGAGUGGUACCUAUUUAUCUACUUGCACUUUGAUGUGCUUUCGAACAGCUAGGUUGGCAGGAGCAGGGACCGAGCAACGGGAGCUCACCCCGUCACAGGGAUUCGAACCGCCAACCUUCCAAUCAGCAAGCCCUAGACUCUGUGGUUUAGACCACAGCGCCACCCGCGUCCCAGGAGUUGGUGUGCAUGCCCCUAACCCUCCAGAGCAAAUGGCAGCAUGAGGAAAAGGAGAGGGAAGGGAAGUUUGUUGCAGAAGCCCUUGUACAAAUGGAACAACUUUGUUGGAUGCAACCCUAAAGCAGUGAUAAAAUCUUACAUGUAUUUUGGGACAUGGAGCGAAAAGGGAAGUGUAUAACCCAAACCUAAAUGAGAGCAGGUACACAUACCAGAACUCCCUCAAUCUGUGAUUUUGGUUUCCAAACAGGAAAUUUGGAGUUCCUCUAAAGUAGGGAUAUGGAACCUGUGGCCCUCUGGAUGCCGUUGGACUCCAACUCCCAUCAGCCCCAUUCAACACGGUUAAUGAUCAGGGAUGAUGGGGGUUGUGGUCCAACAGCAUUUGGGUGGCCUCCUCAAAAGCAUCCGAAAAGUUUCCCAACAAGAAGAUAGGUGGAGGAGGAAAAGCAAACCUGGAAAGUAGAUUGUACACAUGUUGUGAUCUUCCAUAGCAACGUGCAGCUUCAGAAGAAGGCUGGGUGAGUGUUGGAUGCAGCUCAAAUGUGGCAGCAGUGAGACUGAAUAUGCUUGCCAUCACCUUAUACAAAUUGAGCAUGCCCCGGAAUAAUCUGUACUGCCUGGAGAUGCAGUAGUAAAUGUGUAAGAGCAUUCAUUAACAAAGAAGUCAACAUGGAAAGUAUUCCUGAAAAGCAGGAGGUUUUUUUAAAACCACUGAUCUUUGACAUGGGUGUAUGUUUUUAAGCGGCUUGCAUUUUGUAACUGCACAUAUGGAAGUAGGAGAAUCAGUGUAUGAUUAUUCAAUCCCUGUGGUACUGAAUGGGGAAGGUCAGAGUUAUGGUGGGAAUGUUUAGAGAGCAUCUAAGCAUUGGUCAGCAGAGGGUACUUCUCCCCUCCUCAACAAUAUGUUGCGGCACUCUUAACUUUUGGUCAAAAGUUCCAACUCAAAUGAAAAAACACAAACUCUUCUUCUCUUGCUGUUCUACACAGGAUCUGGACAACGGCUUCCUGCACAAAACUGAACUUGAAGCGAAACUGAGUGGACUUCUUGCUGUAGCAGAGUUGAUGAAAAAUAUCUAUGAACAGGUAAGAGGAAGCAUGAAAGAGCAAGGUGGGCAACAGGUGUGUUUUGCUUGCGUAAAGAUUGGGCUGUUGGUCUAUGGUGAAUUUCCAGAGAGAAUUCAGUUUUCUGUAUGUUCCUAAUUCAGUGAAGGUUCUCCUUAGUGCUUGUUCAGUUUUUAAACAAAGCACAGAGACACCUGUGGGUUACAGCUCAUUCUCCAUACAAAAUCGGUGCAAAGCGAACAAUGCUGCCACAUAAUAAUUGGUGGGAACCAUGCAAUUUGAUCUUACAAAAACACUGUCUGAGGCGUCAGAGCACACCAAGUGACACUUUCUCAGCCAAGGCUGAUCCCUUAAGAACAGCCUUGCAAGACAAGGCAAACUCUUUUUGCAAAACAACAACAGCACAAUAGCUUCAAUGAUGGCCAGAGACAAAUUAAGAAGACAACUGCAAAUUAUAAUUUUUUUUUUAAAAAAAUCAGGGUUUAUUUACUUUGACAAAAUGCAUAGAGCAUGUAGCUGUGACCCUUCCAAAACAUAUUACACCAGUUAUGACCCAAGCUGAGAAGCAAGACCUCUAAUCUCCCCCAGGCACAGGAUCUGCAACCAGGGUGCAAUGACAGCCCUACUUGUUUGAGACACAAACAUCUUCAGCUGCUUCAGGAAGGAAUUCCCCAGCAGCACUCACUCUCCUGCCCACAUUGCCCUCAUUGCAUUUGGCCUAGAUACAUAAUCAGACGGUGACUUUUCCUUAGGAAUUCAAGAUAUGCUGUCCGCAAGGAGAGUCUGAUGAACUGCUUGGCUCAAUCUCGCAUGACAGUUCCUCUCCGUUGUGGAGACUGGCCCAGCCUUGCCAGUUGCUUUGGAAAGCCCAUUCCGUUGAGGACAAUCUUUCUCACUCUCGUUUGUCAACCCAUUUGUGUUUUGUUCUUGUAAUCCUGCUCCAAUACCUCUUUCUUAAACCAAGCUUUUCUGCAAUCACUCCGACCCCAUCUACCACCUUCUGUCUGUGCCAGAUAUAGCGCCUUUGCCGUGCUCUCUCUUGAAAUCAGGCUCACUUCAAGUCACUUGACCUUCCCGGCUUUCUCUGAUGCCAAACAAAUUAAGGAAGAGGUGUUUCAAAGCUUUCCUGAGCUUUAUCAUGCACAUUGAGGUUUAGAACUCCCAUUUAUUGCUCCCAUUUCACAGACAGCGCUCCAGCGAUCAGCAUAAAAUGACUCCAAGGUUAUUACAUUAAUGGAGUGGCCUUUUAAUUAAAGUAGAACUAGUUUGUCACCAUGUCUCCUUUGCUUCCAUUUUUCUUGUGCAUUGGUUGCUUUGGCCAGAAGGUAGAGACCGUAAUGGUUGCUAGGACUGGCAGAGAUUACUUUUCUUAGGCUCUUUCCAUGGUUGUUUUGUACCUUCCUGUGCCUCUGGUCCUUUUCCUCCCUACUUUCUAUUUCACAAGCAGUCUUGGUAGGCAGAGAGCCCACAGAAGUUUCCAUAUACAAAUGCAAAUGUCACCAGCAGUAAGAGAUCAUAACAGCAGCAGUGGAUUCCCCUACCCAAAGCCCACCUGCUUUUCCCUCAGAUUGCACCAUACACAUUUUAGCACCCUCAGAUCCUCAGCUUCAGGAUGCUUUACUUAUUUCAAGCAGGUUACUAGACCUUAAGGUUACUGAAGUAAGUUUGAAAAUGUCUAGGACAAAAAUUCAAAAGACAAGGUAGAGGCUGAAUAGGAUUUCCGGUGUCCAAGACACAUAGCUGAAUAUUCUGCUGGGUACACACUGGGAGGGACAAAUGGCUAUCAGAAGCAAUAUGUGAACACAUAUGUGCACAGUUGUUUGACCUGCUUCAUUCAUAACCGCUGUGAGAUCUACAGAUGGAGGGUGGCAUACAAAUUUAGUAAAAAAUUAUGGCCAGCUUUACAUGGCACUGAAACCUAGACAUUUUAAAUGCAAACAGCCCCAUCUCUGUUCUGCAUGAAGACAGAAGUCAGAGUUAUAACCAAGCCUAGACUGCAGCAGUGUUAGGAGUAGGAAUGUACGGAUGUCUCCAGGGCCGGAUUUAGGUUUGAUGAGGCCCUAAGCUACUGAAGGUAAUGGGGCCCUUUAUAUGCCCAGCUCUCCUUUGUCAACAACAAAUUGCCGCUGUUUUUUGUGUUGAAUGUAUGCUAUAUGGUAAUUUACGGACCUAAUAGGUUUCUAAAGCCAUUUGCACAUACCAAAAUAUGUAUUUUAUCAAAGUAAUUGAUAUAGAAAUGAGCAAACCAAUGAUAUUUUGGGAAGCAUGCUAGCAGGCGGGGCUACAUCAUAGGAGUCUACACAAAACAAAACACCGUUGCUGUAUGUGGGUUUUAUUUUAUUUGUUUUUUAUCUUAUAUUUUGGAAAUGUACAUCCAGGUGUGUUUUUUUCCUUUAAAUUUUUUGGGGGCCCCCAAGAGAGUGGGACCCUAAGCCAGUGGCAGAGCUUCAUGUUCUGGGGCCGGAGGGCGGAGAGCAGAUGGGGGCGCGGCUGGCAUGUGUCCCAAGGCAUGGCGUGCUACCCAAAUGGGCGUGGCACCCAGCAUUAGCGGGAGGCAUCUGCGAUGGCACCCCACUGGGAUCACGCUGCCGGGGGCGCUGCAUUCCCCCCUCGCUCCUCUUCCUCCGCCAGUGCCCUAAGCUAUAGGCUGUUUAGCUUAUACGUAAAUCCAGUACUGUUUGAUUAUUUGUUUGUUGUUAGCCGCCCUGAGCCUGGCUUUGGCUGGGGAGGGCGGGAUAUAAAUAAAAUUUAUUAUUAUUAUUAUUACUGGGUGUGUCUCAAUCCACUUCCCUUUAGUAUUUUCUGUUUCACGGUUAUUGGUUAAUUUUGCACAAGCCUUUCUUCUGUUUCUCUGUCCAACAUUAUGGAAAUAACUUUUCUAAACAUAUCAUAGCACUUGAGGUGGGAGAGAAAUUCCAUUCAGUUCAUUCUAUAGGCAAAUCUACCAAAUUUGCACUUCCCAGACCAAUAUGCAAAUCGAUGGCCUGCGGUGAAAUUUUUCCUAGGGGAACAGUUAGGGCCAGAGGCGCCAGCUUGUGAGGGUGAUGGGGGGGUGACGUCACGUGUGUGAGCUUCCUAGGCACCAGGGGAACAUUUAGGGCUCUAGCGUAGUUCCCCUAGUCCACUGACCGCACCCCACUGAUGCAAACCAAAAUACAGCUAUCUUUCAGCAUUUGCAGUUAUCCAAAUUUUGUGAUACAGUUAUCUAACCAAACAGUGUCUGCCAUAUAUAUAUAUGCAUGUAUUAGGGGAAAUGGUAUCAAGGUGGCAUUGUUUGUGCUUCAAGUAUCUAGAUUGAAGAUUCUGGGCCAUGAAAAACAGGGUAUGAAUGAAAAGGGUCAAGCAAGUGCAGUUGUUUAAAUUUUUGUUGAGUAGCCAGUCAUUUUAAUUAUUGCUAUCUGAUGUUUUAAUGGGGUUUAAAGAGUGUACACUGCCCUGAUAUUUUAUCAGAGGGUGGUGUAUAUAAAUAAAAAUGUGCACACAUGUCUGCAUGAUUUGCUCAUAUAUGUUUAUAUAUUGUGUUCUGAUAGCCUUUUGCCCCUCCCAAUCUUUAAACAGAACCUUCAGCUACGUGUCUUGAAAACUGGAUAUUCUGUUCAGCCUUCACUUUGUCAGAGUUCAUGCAUUUACAGAGGGGGAGCCCUGUUGGUCUUUAGCAGCAAAAUCAACUACCUUAAAGAUAAAAUUAAUGAAGUGGCUAACGGCUCAAGGGAUGCGGGUGGCAAUGUGGGUUAAACCACAGAGCCUAGGACUUGCCGAUCAGAAGGUUGGUGGUUCAAAUCCCCGCGACGGGGUGAGCUCCCAUUGCUCAGUCCCUGCUCCUGCCAACCUAGCAGUUUGAAAGCACGUCAAUGUGCAAGUAGAUAAAUAGGUAUCGCUCUGGCGGGAAGGUAAACGGCAUUUCCGUGUGCUGCUCUGGUUCGCCAGAAGCGGCUUAGUCAUGCUGGCCACAUGACCCGGAAGCUGUACGCCAGCUCCCUCGGCCAAUAAAGUGAGAUGAGCGCCGCAACCCCAGAGUCGGUCACGACUGGACCUAAUGGUCAGGGGUCCCUUUACCUUUACCUUUAAUGGCUCAUCACAAAGCCAUCUGCCUGGCUCUGCCUUCUGCCAUGACUCUGCCUCUUGGCCCCUCCCCAAAGCUGCUAGCCUUAAUUGCUGUAGAGUUAACAUAUCCUGGGUGUAGCCAUUCUUCUGUGAAUGCUUCAGAACUGUGCACACAUACUUCUCUCUGCAUCUAUACCUCUAGGCUUUAGUUCCUUUUAAAAUGAAGAUGAGGGGUGUGCAAAAAUUCUUGUUUACUUUACUCAGGAAAUAGGUAUAUAUGGAAGAGACAGUAAUUUGAGAACUCUGCUUGGUGGCAAGCAGCUUUUUGCUACAAGUGGGCAAACCGUGGAUUCCAGCCUCUGCCUUUGUUGCUUCCCAGUGAGGCAAGAGUCAGGGCAAGCAAAACUGCAACCCUUCAUGUGGAAACAGUUAUAAACUUCCCAUAAAAGUGAGGACAAACAAAAGGGCUGAGACUGGUGGAGUUAAGCCAUUUGCCUAAUGGAGAUUGGCUGUCACAAACCAAGGUUUUUUUGGAGAAAGGCAUAGGUUGGAGGAGGAGGAAGCUGGACAAAAACACCCAAAGUGUUCUGGCUUCGGAAUCCUUCAAGUUAGAUCUUGCCUGCCCUUCAGCCACGCAGGCAUGUGUGUGUGGUUUGCUUUCUGGGAUUAUGAUGCCUUUGAGAGUUACUGAGCUGAAUCCCGUCUUUAUUAGGUGCAGUCCGGGCACCCUUCCUCUGUAUCAUGACAACAUCAGUCAUCCCGUGGGUAUGUGCCAGAGGUCAGGGAGCUGCUACAUGUGAGAGAGAGGGAGAGAGGGAGAGAGGGAGAGAGAGAGAGAGAGAGAGAGAGAGAGAGAGAAGGAAAGAAAAAAGGAAGGGAGGGAGGGAGGGAAGAAGGAAGGAAGGAAGGAAGGAAGGAAGGAAGGAAGGAAGGAGGGAAGGAAGGAAGGUAGGUAGGUAGGUUUUGGAUCUAGGUGGAAAUAGGGAAUAGCUCAUGGGCAGAGCUCAUAUUUUCAUGCAAAAGGUCUCAGGUUCAUUUCCAGAUGGGAUGUUAGGAUUUCACUCCUCCCUACGCUGGAGUUAUAGGAUUGUUGGAUCACAUGUCUGUAUGUAAUGCAUUUCAGCUGCUGAGUGUUAGAGCUAUGCAGUGGUGCCCCGCAAGACGAAUGCCUCGCAAGACGAAAAACUCGCUAGACGAAAGGGUUUUUGGUUUUUUUGAGCUGCUUCGCAAGACGAUUUUCCCUAUGGGCUUGCUUCGCAAGACGGAAACGUCUUGCAAGUUUGUUUCCGUUUGCUUAACACCGUUAAUACAGUUGCGACUUGACUUCGAGGAGCAACUCAUAGAACGCGGUGUGGUAGCCUUUUUUGAGGUUUUUGAAGACUUUGGUGAUUUUUGAAGCUUUUCCAAAACUUUCCCGACCCCAUGCUUCGCAAGACGAAAAAAACCACAAGACGACAAAACUCGUGGAAUGAAUUAAUUUCGUCUUGCGAGGCACCACUGUAUAAGCUGAAAGGGAGAUAUGCUGUUAGCUCCCUACUUCCCACUGUUCUCUCACAGCGAUGUUUUGUUUCAGUGUUCUCUCUGAGGUAGAGAGAAAGAGGAGCCAUGUUUAUUUUAUACUGUUUGUACUGUUAUGUUUGGUUUCAUUACACUAAAUAAGGAUUAGAUGUUGCACCUCAAGGCUAACGCUUCUAUUUUGGACUCUGCUGGUCAUGUGCUCAUGUCCCAGGAGGCUUUGGGUCGCAUCAGUGUGACGGGAGACCGGAGUGAAGAAUCCUGGGUGACACUGCAUUGGGGAAAGGCACAAGGCCUCGGCGUUAUCUCCCAACAGGAAACACCCCUUCUUGAUACCCCAGUGUGCUGAUGCUGGUUAGCAUAGACAUUUCUGAGCAAGAUGGACCAAUGGGGGUGGUAUGAUACUCACCUGCCUUGCAGAGCUGUUGUAGGGAUUACUGAGGUGUAGGGACAUAUUUUCCAAAUUACACCAUCUUCCCCACUGUGGUAAGAUGUAUCAUAUUUCUGUUUAAAUUAUAGUCUUAAUUUCUAAACUUGCUUCUGCACAUAUAAUGUGUGUGUGCACAUUUUAUGCAAAGCUGUGACCUCCUUUUCACUCUCUCUGGGCAUUGUGCUAUGGUUACCUUAUGCUAAGAUAAUGUCGGUGAAAAGUUUUGAAUAUCAAAAAGUGAUAAGUAAUGUUAACUGAUAUUAUAUCCAUGCACAGCUGAGCUUCCAGUCCUUUGUUGCGAGCGGUAAUUACAUGACCUUGCAUAUGCAUGGCAACAACUCAAGCCCGGUCUUCUUUCUGCUGUACCUAGGAACUUGAAGAGGUGAUGUCACAAAUCAAGGACAUCUCUGUCGUGGUGGGAAUUGAUAACAACCGAUACAACCCUGACCCUCACCGGAUCGUGGAGGAUGUGAGAGCUCAGUAUGAAGACCUGGCUAUCAGGAGCUGGGAAGAAUUAGAGGCACUCACGCGAAGCAAGGUACACACCUGCUUGUCAAUGAGAACUGCCCCCAAGCCCUUGAUGGUGACGCCAGUCCUAAUGGAAAGACACAGCAAAGGUGGAGGGCUUAAAAUGCCAGAGCUGCUCAAAGAGAGAAUGCAGAAAUGGAUGGGUGAAGAACUGAAUAUGAACCAACCUGAUCUGACCUCCCAGACUAAUGUGUGGAGAUGGGAUAGUCUGAGAGCUGGUGUGGUGUAGUGGUUAAGAGCGGUAGACUCGUAAUCUGGUGAACCGGGUUCGCGUCUCCGCUCCUCCACAUGCAGCUGCUGGGUGACCUUGGGGCAGUCACACUUCUUUGAAGUCUCUCAGCCCCACUCACCACACAGAAUGUUUGUUGUGGGGGAGGAAGGGAAAGGAGAAUGUUAGCCGCUUUGAGACUCCUUCGGGUAGUGAUAAAGAGGGAUAUCAAAUCCAAACUCCUCCUCUUCUACUACUAAUACAUACAUAUCUGAUGUAGACCAGAGAGUGGGGGAUUUUAGUCUAAUUCCCACAAAAUGAUUAUCUGCUCUGAAAUAUUAACCCACAGAGGAAUUUGCUGGAUGCUUUACAGCUGGCCUGACUAUAUUUCUCUCUUCGUAAAACAUACAUAUAUAAUAUGUUUCUUAAAAACCUGGAAAAGUAGCAUGAAUUUAGGCCGUUUGAAUCACAACCCGAAUAGCCCACGGACAGGGCUAUUCUUUUAGUAUAUGCCCCACACUUAGGAAAAUGACAGCUGCCUGCUUCCACCAUGGCACUGCAUAGCUUUCAAAAAUAUACGGAUAGGACAAGUAGCAACAACAGAUAAAUGGAAAGGGGUAGACCUGAUUCGUCCUUGGUGGGCAGAAUUGAUUGUCAUCUCCCAGUGAUGGGAAGGAAGUAAAGAGACCUCAGGAAUUUGGCAUGAAUGGUGAUACCCAGAUCAAGCAUGCUGAAGCAGCAAGGAAAGGGGAAGAAAAUAAGGAAUGAAUAAUGGGAAAGGGGAUGUACAAGAAGAAAAUAGAUUUAUCAUUCAGUUGGGAAGGAUUAGAUACUGCUACUUUGGUCAAAAGGGUAAUUCUAUAUGUGUGUGCUAAUCCCCGUGGCUCAAGAGUUCUUAGAAAGGAAGGAAGUUUUACACGGAAAGUCCCAGCGGUAAUGAGUACAAUCAUUGUUGCAGGUUUUCUCAGAAAGGUGUCUUGUUUAUGGCCCCUCCAUUCCUUGAUCCUCUUACUUGGUGCCCAUGCGUUGCUUUGUUAACAGGAGGGUAAUAUAUUUACAUUUUCUCCUCCAGCUGAAUGAAAGAGAGGUACUAUCUGCUAAGUAUGGUGACCAUCUGCUUCAAGACCGGAGGGUGAUUGCCGAGUUAAACAUACAGAUCCAGAAAAUGAGGUCCUGCAUCGUGUCCUUGAAAAGCCAAGUAAGAUGUGGCUGGUGGGAGGCGGGAAAACAAGAAUGAGAGAGGGAAAACCCAAGACAUAUGCCAAAUCAAGAUUUCACAGAGAUGUUGUACUCAACACACACACACACACACACACACACACACACACACACACCACACACUUUGUAAAAGUGUAUGCUUUUUGCUAUUCUAAUGCAGUGCUUGACCUGUCCACAUUCAUGAUGAAAUUAUGCAAUAUGAACAGCUGAAUGUUACAGCAACUAUGAAGAAAGACAGCAGGCAAAAUGGGUGUGGUCUUGGCAGUAUUCAUGCUAGAGGGGCCAUAGCUUAGAGCACAUCUUUUAUAUACAGAAUGUCCCUGGUUCAAUCCAAGGCUUCUCAAAAACUGAGCCAAGGAUGAGGAACUGUGAUCUUCCUGGUGUUAUUGGCCAAGAACUCCCACCGUCCCUUGACCAUUGGCCUUGAUGGCUAGGGCUGAUGGGAGUUGAAAUCCAACAGUAUCUGGAUUCCCUGGCUUAAACAUUAUUCCCCAUUCCUGGCCUUAACUAACUAAUACACUACAGCAGGACCGGCCUGCCCCUGAGGUAGACCAAGGCAGUUGCCUUGGGCUAUGGAAUCCAAAGGGAAGGCACCCCUGCAGGGCAUCCCACCCACCUCUACCACUGUCAGAGAAGCAAGGAGAAGCAGUGGUGGUUAUUGCAAGAUCUCACUGCUACUUCUCCCAAGGUGGGGGACACCUCCAGCUCCCACUGCCACAAGGGGAAGCAGCUGUGGCUUCCAGGUUCCAGCAAGAUAUUGUGGGCUUCUUGCGAGAUCUUGAUGAAAGCCACAGCUGUGUGACCCCAGGAAGUGAAGCUUUGGUGGGAGAGGGGAUAGUGGCAAUUGUGUUUCACCUUCCUGGUUGCCUCAGGUGGCGAAACAGGACGGGACACCCCUGCACUACAGGAAUGUGGGGAAAGUGUGUGGUGUGGAGGAACAUUAGUAAAAUUAGUUACAAUAGGAUCAAAGGACAGCAUUUUGCCUGCUAUGUUUUGUUAACCUACUUCGCAUAUCUGAUUUAUUGCAAGCAGGCUGUUCCUGACGAUCCAUUUAUUCAGCAUUCUGAUCUGCAUGCACAAAGUUUACCCAGUGGUUAGACUAUAUUCGGUCUUUAUUAAGCAUUCAUUCUAAUUAGUUUGCAGGCAAUUACACGCUUAUGAGGAUUCACCCUGCAUUUGCCUUAAUUUUCUUGUUUACUCUUCUUCCUGUUAGUCAUUCCUUCACCUCACACAUUUCAAUGCAUCUCUCCAUUACUUUCUAACCUUAUUAAACUCUGAAGUUUUUCCAAAGUGGGUUUGUUGUGACAGGGUGACAGAGACCUUUAAUCCACUUUAAAUGCAUAAACCCAAAGUUCUGGUAUGUACUUGAAUCCCUCCUGCAAAAUACUGUCAGUCUGGAGGGACCCAGAGCCUGACAAAUUUGUUAUUGUUAAUAGAUGAAAUUAUAUAUGGGUGUCUCCAGACUGUCUCUCUAUUGCUGGAGGGAUUCAAGUGCAUACCUUGAAAUUUAGGUUUGCGCAAUUAAGAUAGAUUCAAGCGCUCUGUCACCCUGGUGCAACAAAUUCGCUAAAAACAACCAGGAAUGUUUUUUGCCGUUAGGAAAGCAGCAGGAGAAAUACGUUGAAAAGCGUGGUAUGAAUGCAUCAUUAAUGGAUGGCAUGCAAACAAACCCUCACGCAAAUGAGGAUGAAUGCUCAAUAAAGUCUAGCUACAGUCUAACCUCCACAGAAACUCUGGGCAAGCAAGCCAGGCUGAAUGCUGAAUGAACAGUUUAUCUGGAACUCAAUAUUGUUGCUUUUCCAGCAUGGUUUGGGAGUGGUUGUUCUCAAAUUUCACAGCAUGAUUUGUUACUGACAGAAUACUUCAAGUGGUAGAGCAGUCCCUCUCUUCCCACCCUUCUCUAUCUCUCCAUCCCUCUCACGGGAAGUGUUGUAACUUCAGACCCUAGUCUUGCAAGGGACCUAACAUCCCCCGGGAGUGCCCAUCUCCAGAGAGAACAUACCUGUGAGUGACCCAUUCAGCAUUUCACUUGGGUCAAAUGGAAGGCAGUGAGCAAGAGGAGAGCAUGGAGCACUCCCAGGCCAUGUGCCCUCAUUCAUCACCUUCCAUGUUGCCUUCUGUUCAUUCUAGUGCCUGCGUCUCGAGGAAAACAUCAAAGAGGUUGGAGCGCAAGGUGAAUCUGCACUCAAUGAUGCCAAAGCCAAACUGGCUAAGUUGGAGGAGGCUCUUCACAAUGCCAGGCAGGACUUGGCUCAGCUUGUCAAGGAGUAUCAAGAGCUGAUGAAUAUCAAGCUGGCCCUGGACAUAGAGAUUCUUACCUACCGGAAGCUGAUGGAAGGGGAAGAAAUCAGGUGUGUAAACUGACUGGAAGCCACUAUGUGUGUGAUUUGAACAGAGGCCAGAGCUGAAAACCAUUCCUGUUCAAAAUUGCCCUCUGGGAACUUUGAGACUGAAUGUCCUGCCUGCAGAUGGUAUUUGUAUAUUCAGCUGUUUGACAUCUUAGGACAUUUCAUGCUUGAUGUUUUUCAAGAAGGGAAACAAUCAAGAAAUGUCUACAGCUGCACUCCCGGGAAAGUGCAGGAAGGUUCUACGCUUUCCUUGACCUGGAGUUUGUAGCUAUUAUUAUUAUUAUUAUUAUUAUUAUUAUUAUUAUUAUUAUUUAUUUCAUUAUUAUCAUUUUAUUAUUUUAUUUAUUAUUAUUAUUUUUUAUUAUUAUUUUUAAUAUUUUUAUGUAGCUUUUGCCGAGGGGUGGCAUUCAGAAUGGGCCCAUUGAAAUGGGGGAAAAAAAUGACUAAGUUCAUUCCCUUAAUUUCAAUGGGUCUGCUUUGAGUAAACCUUAAUUAAAUGCCACCCCGCCACCCCUAAGGAGCUAAGGUGCUUAGAUAAUAGGUUCCAGUUUCUGGCACACGACAGACAUCCUGGUCUGAGAUCCAGCAAUGCUGGGCUACUUACCUAAAGUCAUACCUCUGAAAAAGUAUGUUGUAAAACAUCAAACCAAAUUCAAGGCCUGGUUCAGAGAUUAAUUCCAACACACAGAGAAGAGAUGCAUUAACCAUAUGGAGGGAUGUGUAUCUUUGCUGCAGGGCACUGGGGCUGUGCUGAUGCCCCCAACCCUGAUAUUAUAUCUCUUCCUUACUCAACUUCCAAGUGUCAAGAUGAAGCCUACUUGUGUAGACCUUUAUCUGGCUUGGAACCCUGAUUGAACAGGCUUCACCUAUCAGAUAUCCUUGAUCAAUGCAUGAACACUGGGGGCCCAGUGUAGGUACUGGAUGACCUUAAGGGCGGGCCAACUUUGCAGCCCUUGUACACCUGAAGCCCCUUCACAUGAGUAACAUAUGAAACAAGCUUCUAAGUGUUUGGAACUCUGAGGGUUCCUAAUCCACCAGCAUUCUACACAUGUAGCAAUGAUGACUCCUAUUCACAUCCCAGACUUUUUAACCAAACUGUUGAACUCUACUUCUUUAGAUGUUUUUCUCCUUCUGUAGCUUACCUCAUUACCUUUUCCCUUCACAGCAUGGAGUCCCCACAGCCUGCUGUCAUUAGCAGAAUCUACUCCAUGCCAAAGAACUGUAAGUUUAUUUUUGUUGUUGUUUGAUUGAUUAUCAGCUAUGCUCAUUAUUCUGAAGAGCAUCCUACAGUUGACCAAGUUUUUCUAAAAGCUGAAAAGGAGAUGGAGCUAAGAAGCAGCAGCAAGAAGGACUUUGGGCACCUGCCCAAGGUCCAGGUCCUUGCAGGAGGCCCACUAUCAACACCUAAGGCAUUCAGGCCCUGUUGCUCCUCCCGCUCGCUGUCACUGCUUGUUUACCUGCCCUCUAGAUGCAUGCAAUUAUUGUCAAGACAGAGUAGAUAGAGCAGCACCCUCCAUUUGCCUUGCUCUCUCCACCUGAGUGGGUGAUUAGACUGGGCCCAAAUGGAAAAAGAACAGCAGUUAAGAAAGUGGGGACAGUAACAAGGAGGUGGUGAGCCCACUCAGGGAGGUCCUACUAAGGUCUUCUUGCCGAAGCACCCUCCCCCCCAAAAUAAAAACCCUGGAGCCAGCACUAGAGGGAUGCUUUAGACUCAAAUACGUAAGUGGAAUGUCCUUCAAAAUGAGAAACACUACAGUAAAAGUGCGGGGACGUAGGUGGUGCUGUGGUCUAAACCACUGAGCCUUGGGCUUGCCGAUCAAAAGGUUGGCGGUUCAAAUUCCCGUGACGGGGUGAGCUCCCGUUGAUCAGUCCCUGCUCCUGCCAACCUAGCAGUUUGAAAGCAUGCCAAAAUGUGCAAGUAGAUAAAUAGGUACCGCUCCGGCGGGAAGGUAAACGGCAUUUCCAUGUGCUGCUCUUGUGUCGGUGUUCCAUUGCACCAGAAGUGGCUUAGUCCUGCUGGCCACCUGACCCGGAAAAACAAACGCCGGCUCCCUCGGCUUGUAAAGCAAGAUGAGCACCGGACCUCCAGAGUUGUUCAUGACUGGACUUAACUGUCAGGGGUCCCUUUACCUUUACAGUAAAAGUAUAAGAGAAACCUCCCAAAACUGCAACCAUCCUCUCUGUUUUUCCUUCACAGCUUCAUCAAACACCAACAUCACAACCACCUCACAUGCGGCAAGCAUAGCAAAUGAAGUUUCAACAGAUAACAUGAACCGUAGCAGGAGCAGUUUGGAAAGUGGACUUUCUAGAAGUCACAGUGGUGGAAGCAGAGGGUUUUCCAAUGAUGAUUUCUCUAGAAGCCAUAGCAAUAGAAGUGGAGGUCCUUCAGAGGGUAUCUCAGAGGCUUCAAGAAGUCAUAGCAGUAUCCGCAAAGGUACCUUGGAGAGUAGUACUUCUAGAAGCAGUAGCAGAAGUGGAAAUUUUGCAGACAUUGAAGACACCAUGAAUAGCAGUGUUUCUAGAAGUCAAGGUCAUGGAAGUGGGAGUUAUAGAAGUCACAGUAACAGGAGUGGAGAUAACCUAGAAGGCAACCUCUCUAGAAGCCAAAGCAACAGAAGUGUUGGUUUGACUGACAGUGUAUUCACUAGAACCGACAGUGGCGCAAGUGAAGGUGUCCAAGCGGGCAACUAUUCUAGAAGCCAAAGCAGCAGAAGUGGAGACUUAGCAGAUAAAGCUUUUGCUAGAACUCAUAGUGGUGAGAGUGAAGGUGUCUCAGGGGGCAGCCUUUCUAGAAGCUAUAGUGGUACCAGUGCAUCCUAUGUGGAAGGUGGCCUUUCUAGAAGCGAAAGUAAUGAAAAUGAAAUCCAUGGAAACUAUGGAAGUGAAGCAUGUGUUGAGCCUAGUGUUUACAGAAUGAACAGUGCUGAAGACGGUGGGGUCCCAGUGGGUGGCAUAUCUAGAAACAAUAGCAGGGCAAGCAGCUAUGCCUCUGGUGGUAGCCUUUCUAGAAUCCAGAAUGAUAGUAGCCAUGGAAGUGAAGGGUAUGCUGAGCCUAUUGUUUCUAGAACCAACAGUGCUGAAGACGGUGGAGUCCCAGUGGGUGGUGUAUCUAGAAGCAAUAGCAAGGCAAGCAGCUAUGCCUCUGGUGGUAGCCUUUCUAGAAACGAGAGUGAUGUUAGCCAUGGAAGUGAAGGGUAUGCUGAGCCUAUUGUUUCUAGAACCAACAGUGCUGAAGAUGGUGGAGUCCCAGUGGGUGGCGUAUCUAGAAGCAAUAGCAGGGCAAGCAGCUAUGCCUCUGGUGGUAGCCUUUCUAGAAUCCAGAAUGAUAGUAGCCAUGGAAGUGAAGGGUAUGCUGAGCCUAUUGUUUCUAGAACCAACAGUGCUGAAGAUGGUGGAGUCCCAGUGGGUGGCAUAUCUAGAAGCAAUAGCAGGGCAAGCAGCUAUGCCUCUGGUGGUAGCCUUUCUAGAAACGAGAGUGAUGUUAGCCGUGGAAGUGAAGGAUAUGCUGAGCCUACUGUUUCUAGAACCAACAGUGCUGAAGAUAGUGGAGUCCCGGUGGGUAGCAUAUCUAGAAGUCAUAGUGGGGCAAGCAGCUACAUCUCAGUUAACAGCCCUUCUAGAAGCUACAGUGAUGAAAAGGAAGCCCAUGACAGCUCUGCUGAGUCUGUGGUUUCCAGAACCAACAGCGCUGAAGAUGGUGGCGUUCCAGUUGGUGGAGUUUCUAGAAGCAGCAGCCAGGCCAGCAGAGAUGGCUCACAGGGUGGUUCUUUUAGAAGCAGAAGUGGAGGCUUUGCAGACACUGUUUUUACUAGAGCCCGCACUGAAGGUAGACAAGAGGGCAACCUUUCUAGAUGCUCUAGUGGUACUAAUGCAACCUUUAUAGAACGUAGUGCUUCUGGAAGUCAUAGCAGUGGAGGCAGAGGCACCUCAGAGGGUAGUCUUUCCAGAAGCCAAAGCAGCAACAGUGGAAGAUUUGUAGGUGGUGGCCUUUCAAGAGACCACAGCAGUGAAAGCAAAGAAAGUCAUAGCGAUAGAAGUGGAAGGUUGGUAGAUGAUCACAGUUAUAGUGAGGCCCAUAACGUUAUCUUAGAGUCUGGUCUUUGUAGAAGUACAGAAGCCAAAGGCGAUAGUUUUGCUAGAAGUCACAGCGGCGAGAGUGGAAGCCCUGUGGAGACAUCUACUCCUAUUUGGAUUCACAGAAGAAGUGGAGAUGCUAUAGAGCCAAGCUUUUCUAGAAGCCACAGUGGAGAAAGUGGGAGCUUUAAACCAGCUGAUUUUUAUAGAAGCUCCAGUGAAGUUAGCAGAGGCGCCUCAGAGGCUAGUCUAUCUAGAAGCAGCAGCAAGGAAACUGAAAAUAUCCCAGAGGGCACAGUUUCUAGAAGCUACAGCUAUAGAUGUGCAGUUAUUUCACCCCCUAAUUUGUCCAGAACUGAAAGCGAAGAUGCUCCAGAAAGCAGUCUGUCUCGAAGCCACAGCUCUGAAAAAGAAAAUGUGCCAGAAGUUGGUCUCUCUAGAAGCUACAGCAGCAGAAGUGAAGAGGCCCUAGUAGAUAACCUGUGCAUAAGCCACAGUGGUGGACAUGAAGGCUUCCCAGAGAGUGGACCUUUGGUGGAGAGAGGCCUUUCCAGAUCCCAGAGUGAUGAGCCAGCAAUUGGAAUCCCUGUCUGUAUGGUCUAUGAAUUUAGCACUGAUGAGCACCACCACCUUCCAGCUGGUGAAAUAUGCUACUAUGUUGAGUCUGGCUCUAUGGAGUAAGUGUCCUAGGAGCACAUGACUGGGAUCCAGAUACCUUCUUCUAGAAGCCUCAUUCCAUCCAUUGACUCAUGGUCCACCGAUGGAAAUCCACAUUAAGCCUUAAAUUACUGAGGUUAACAGUUGGAAAUCGGACUCCUACAGGUGGCAACGACCUUGUCUCUUAGGGUUUGUGGGGGUCAAGUUCACAGAGUAGUAUUCUCUGUGGUGAGGGAAAACUAGUAUUGGAGUUAUAAUACCAGCAUUACCUAUUAGAAGAACCUAGAAGCCAACAGGAUAGUCUUUUGACUUGUAUUAUAAACAGUGCCCUUUCUACCUUCUUUCUUUUUCUUAUACUCAAAAAAAUUAAUAUGUAGAUUAAAUUAUUUCUGGGCUUUUUGAAAUACAAGUGGUGCUCAGCAAGGGAUUUUUUUGUGUGUGUGUGAAAUGCAACCAGUGGGGACAUUUCACUGCUCCUCUUCUGGCUGCUUUUAGGGACACCAUUUUGAGUUUAUCUGCAGGAUUCUUAAAGGCAGAGCAUUUCUCCCCCAGUUCCUCAGAAGGCUCUGGCAAACUAAAAUAUGUAUCUCACAAGUCAGGUCAUGGUUGGGCCUCGUCUUGCUAAAACUGUGUUAAACACUUGCUUUUUUAAUAGGCCCAUGCUACACUUCAUAUACUUCAGCUGCCAAAGUUUUUUUUGCUUGUGAGCUAUUCCAAGACUCUUGCAUACAGAUAAGCACAUGUCACAUGGGGUCUUAACUUGUCCCCAUCUGGACAAGACCCGGUCUAUAACAGAUGUAGAAUUUAGUUCUUCCAUCCCAGUUCUUCAGAGUACCUGCCAGUUGCAUGAGACAAUAGCACAAACUCUUAUUCCCUUAUGCUCCUGAAGCAGAAUGUGAGCAUAUACAAUCUCCAGGUUAGAUGCCACGAAACUCCUAGUGCAAAAUAGAUGCUAAAUGAUGCAAAAUUAGUGUUUGUAACCAUGCUACCAUUAGGAAGACAGUGGUACCUCUGGUUAUGAACUUAAUUCGUUCCGGAGGUCCGUUCUUAACCUGAAACCGUUCUUAACCUGAGGUACCACUUUAGCUAAUGGGGCCUCCAGUUGCCACCGCACCGCCGGCACGUGAUUUCUGUUCUCAUCCUGGGGCAAAGUUCUUAACCCGAGGUACUACUUCCAGGUUAGCGGAGUCUGUAACCAGAGGUGUUUGUAACCCGAGGUACCACUGUAGCUGGUAAGGAAUUGCCCGUUUGUAUUUGCUUUGAGAGAGCACCAUAAGAGCCAGAUAAAAAGUAAGUGCACCUCCGUGAUUUUUAGCAUAAAUUCUGGGCUAACUGCCUACCCAAACAUAGUCACAUGCUAGCAUUUUGUAGAUUCAGGGAACAAUGGAGUAGGUAGGUGGGCAGAACUUUGCAUGUUCAUAUAAGCUUAGAUAGGUGUUGGUGUAAUGACUAUAGAUAGGUGUUGGUGUAGUGUUUCCUUUCUGUAUCAGCAAGUUGUAGAGCUGAACAUGUGUACUCAGAUCCAGGGACUGUGGAGUCCAGUGAUUAGAGACUGAGCAAUUAACUUAAGCCUCAUUGUGUACUUCAGCUGCGCUGCUGCUACAAUGGCGCCAUUCCAUUGCCCCUCUAUUUCUGCUUAUGGAUUAGACAAAGUGAUGGAAGCUGAUCAUAACUAAGCCUGGAACCCUGUGCAUCCUUACCUGGCAGUAAGACCCAGUGGGACUUACUCAUGAGUAGGCAUACCGAAGAUUGCACUUGCAAAUAGAGAAGAAUAUAUUCUUUUUAAAAAAAAAGAAAAAGAAAAAACCCAAACAAAUUAAAAACAAUAUGCACAUGAUAGUUAAGCCUAGUUGGUCAAGGAGGAAAAUAUUUAGGCAGUGAUUACUAACUCAGAAGAGUAAUGCCAAGAAAACUGAGAACAAUGUGGAAAGUUACUGGGGGGGGGGGAGAGAGAGAGGGAGAGAGAGAGAGAGAGAAGGCAGGGGACUGACUGUGGAAUGUGAAGUGAGGAUUUUCUCCAAAGAAAGAGAAAAUGGGACCUUUCAAGUUUGCCUUGAUCACAGGUCAAGGACAUGAGCCCUGAAUUGUAUUGGCCUAUUUCUCAGGUGAGGGUUUUGCUGCAGGUGUACACAUUGCAUAUGGAAGUCAGCUGUUAAAGUUAAAGACAAAUAGCAGAUCUGAGGUUAGGUGCUAUUCUCGUAGGAUAUUUAUUAGUAUUUGCUGAGAUGAUACCAUUAGCAUUACUCAUAUAUUUGUAUAACUUAUUUUGGUUCUUCUUAACUUAAUGCUUAGUUUUUCCUUUGUUUGCAACUAAAUAUAUAACCUAUAGGGGAGCAUUUCUACACAUUGGGGUCAAACUUUGCCAUCAACCUGCACUCCUGCAACCUUAUUGGUAUUGGAUCUUGAUAGGCUUUGGGGCACAGCCCAUAAUGGGAAUAUAUAGGUGAACAGGCCAAUGAGACCACAAUUGAUUUUCCCCGAUGGAAAAUUUCUAGGUCAGUGAAGACACCAAUCUUACGCCAUGUUGCGGAAGGGAAACAUAGUUAAUACAUACGUUGCAUAUUUUCUGCUCUAAGAGGAGUUGGAUAGAUGCAACAGCUUACUAAAACGAGGAUGUUGACCUCCAGUGCUUGGCAGUUUUUAAAGCACACUAGGCUGGAGACUAGGGAGUUAAAAUUUCACAGCCACUGACCCGUGCAGUGAAAUCUGUUCAUCUAAAGGUAACACAGCCAGAUUUGGGUUUAUCAAAAUUUUAAACUGGGUCUCUCUUCAUCACCACUAAGUUCGAGAACCAUCACAAUAACCAGAUGGCAACUUAAAGCAGAUGAGAUUUCUGAUUCUUUGACUUUGUUCUAACUUGUGCAAAUUUCUGUGGGCAAGGUAUUAGUUACUUGGGAAGCCUGGUCCAUAAGGUUGCAUGAUGCUGUUGAAGAAAAAAUCCUCUUUGUUUAUUUCUGUUGCGUUGUAUUAAAACAUGGCUGUGUUAAUAAAAGUACUGAGCUAUUUAAAAACAAGGU